AGUCGCAGGGCGGGAGGCGGCCGGGCCGGGGGUGGUUCUGCGCAGCUGGGAAGGCGGAGCCGCGCGAUCCCGGGCUCGGGGCGGGGGGCGGCCAUGGGCGGCUGAGGGGUGCCCAGUCCAGAAGCGGCCCGGGCCGGCGGCCAUGGCCGAGGACUACUGGGACUCGCCACCGCAGUAGCCGCCGCCAAGGUAAGAAACGCGGGUCGGGCGGGGGGGGGGGCACCAGCGUGACCUUUGACCCCUUGUUAGGAGUCUGUCUCCCGAGGGACCAGCUCUGCUGCCUUGGGGUAGAGCGCUCGCUUUCAAGCCAUUCGGCCCUUUCUGCUCUGACCUCUCCUGUAAUUUUCCUCUGGCAUUAAUUCCGCCCCGCACCCCCAAUAGAUCUCUUCGGCUUCUUUAAUCCCUGAUGCCGAUCUCUGCCAUCAGACUGAAGGAGGCUUCGCAUUGAUCUCCUUGAAUUCUCUCCUUACACCCCCCCGCGAGUACUGCGCCCAGUAUUUCUUAGCCCCUCCUCAGUAGGGUUGAAGCAGAUCCUUUCCCCGUCGGACUUCAGGGAGAUGCAUGAAUUAGGGGCGCCUUCUUAAUCUUACCCCAGAGAUCCAUACUCUUCAGCUGGGAGGUUCGCCCCUUCUGCCACUGGGCUAAACUCCUUGCUGCUUAAAUCAGGGGCUGGAGGUGGAUUGUUCUGAAGUUCUGAGCAUCUGCACCUUCCUUCCCCGUUGGUGUUGCAGUCUUUUCCUCUACUGAGUCCUACCACUCCCCGUUGACUGCCGUGCCCUGGAGGCUCCCCACCCCGGUCUGGUCUUCCUUCUGGCCCAAGGCUUUUGCCUGGCUCUGACCUCGCAAGGACCUUUGGGGGGACUUUGAGGAGGCGCUUCUCGUUUGCCUCAUGGCUCAUGAGUCAGGGACGAGUGGUUUCUUUCUGUUUGGACUUGCUGGGUGAUCUUUGCUUUCACGUUGACUCUUGUCACUAGAUUCCCUUGGCUUGCAAUUGCUUCCCUCACUCUGACUGUGGACCUGGAAAUGUAAGGAGGCGUAUCUCUUGUAGGAUUUGUUGCUUCUCUGCUACUUGGCUUGAGCCAUUUCUUUGUGCAAGUGACCAAGUUUUCCUCUUCUCCUUCCCACACCCCCUUACGUCCAAAUUGGAGGGCAGGUGGUGUUCUCCUCCUGGCCUUUAAGAGGUGGAUGGGGGAUGCUCCCGGAUUCAGCAUGUUCUCAGGGCACCACGGCUAGGAAAUGGGGUGCAGAAGAGAGACUGCAGGAGGAGAAACCACAGGGAGUCUCCGUAGGGGAUUCUUAGCUCUCUAUUCAGGAAUUCCAGCUGCUCCUGGUGGGAGGAAGUUCCUUUGCUCACCUUCUACUUGAAGACCGACCUCUUCGUGAGCCUGAUGAUGUCAUGGGGGGCGCUUCCAUCUCCUCCCCACUUCACACUACGCUGCGUCUGUGUGUGACUAAUGAUGCACUGGUAGGCAAAUGGGUCCUGUGAUGAUGCUGUGAGGUUGGCAGGGAUCAGGCUUAUGUGGGAAAGGAUUGGCUUUUGGGGCAGCUGCUGGCAGUAUUAGCCCUGGAGAUGUUUGGUGCAGAGGCCCCUGGGAGGGGGGCUGGUUUUCUCAUUUCCCCCCCUUUCCGUUUGCCUCCAUGCUUGUAACCAGGAGUUCCCCAGAAGGCUGCCAUUCCCUUCCUGACCCUCUGCUGCGCUCGCCUGGAGCUGACAGCUUAGCAGCUACUGUGCUUGGUGGCUUGUCCGGAUUUGCUUGCCAACCUUUUGCCUGCUCUCUUGUGAGGAAGGUGUGUGUCAGGCAUACUUAUUGGGAACACCCACCUUCCCCCAAACACAUGGGUGCUUGCAUCCAUGCUAAGGUGCUCCUUUCUACUGCUCCUUUUUUAUUUCCCUGCCAACUUGGGUCUGGUGACCAGCUUUUGGCACUCCGUGGACUUGGCACCGGUGCCAGGUCUCGCACAGGGUUCUGCAGUGAGAGCUGCAAUGACAACAUCUUAGCUGCUGAGCUGGUUUGAAGAAGGAAGAAAAGCAGAGUGGCUGCAACUGGUGGAAGGAUGCUAGUUUUUCUCCCUCCCUCUGAGUUUUUACAUUUUAUGGAUGUCUUCUUAGAUCCUAACCCACUGGAAAAAAGAUUCUCCAUUCUUUAGAUGGCUCUUAUCUGGUCUUUCAGGUAUAGUUGCUGUUUAGCUUGGUUUGCCUCACUGCUGAACCCUCUGAAAAUAGAAUCAGAAUGGGUCUAAAAAGCCAUUUAGUCCCUCUCCUUGCCCCCAGUCAGCACAAACCUACUUCCAACCCCAACUGAACCCAUACAAGCCAGAUCACAAUACAGCACAGGCAGAGAUCAGGUGAAGUGCCCAAAAUGUGCUCCCAAAAGCAGAGAGGCAAGGCAACUUGUAUAUUUCAGAGGAAGAGACAAACAAGAAACCCACAGAGAAAAGAAAUUGUUACUUCUGUAGCUCUGUACACCAGAGUAUUUUAUUAUUCUCUUCUGAUUUGUUCAUAAGAUGAGUCUUCUCCAAUGUGAAUAUUUGUUGCCCUCCAGAUAUUUUGGAUUUCAACUCCCAUCUGCCUUUGCCAGCAAGGACAAUGGUCUGGGCUCUGCUGAAUGCAAGGCAACUUGGUGAACUUCACAGUUGAGUGUGGGUUUUGUCCUGGCUCUUGCAUUCCCAUAUCCAAUAUUUAAUAUCCUGGCUCAUCAUGUUAUGCUAUUUCUAUAGCUCUAAAAUUAUUAUUAUUAUUAUUAUUAUUAUUAUUAUUAUUAUUAUUGGAAUUAUAUACUGCCCUACACCCGGGGGGUCUCAAGUGUGUGAUGAUGUUUCUCAUUCACCUCUGCAGUGAUCUUUUGAGAAUUUCCCCACUGUGUGGAUGGUGAAUAAAUAAGUCUCUUUCCCAAGGCUACCUAGUGAGUGGAUUUUGAACUUUUAAACUUGUAUUGCCUAUCAGAUUGUACUCUGUGUUAACAAACCUGGAGUAAUCUUUCCACCCCCUGGCCUGGUAGCACACCCUCAGUUGCUAACCUAGAUUAGAACCCCUGCCGUUCAUAAGAAUUAGAACCCCCUUGCUAUUCUUUAACUGCAUUGUGAGUGUCAUGUGGUGGUCACGGUCACUAAACUGCAGUCCUAUACACAUUUACUUGGGAGCAUGUCCUACUGAAGUUAAUGUUGCUUACAUCUGAGUAGAUGUGUAUAGGAUUGCACUGUAAGGCUGCAGUCCUUGUGUGCACAUACUUGACAGUAAGCAUAGAAUCAUAGAAUCAUAGAGUUGGAAGAGACCACAAGAGCCAUCGAGUCCAACCCCCUGCCAAGCAGGAAACACCAUCAGAGCACUCCUGACAUAUGGUUGUCAAGCCUCUGCUUAAAGACCUCCAAAGAAGGAGACUCCACCACACUCCUUGGCAGCAAAUUCCACUGUCGAACAGCUCUUACUGUCAGGAAGUUCUUCCUAAUGUUUAGGUGGAAUCUUCUUUCUUGUAGUUUGGAUCCAUUGCUCCGUGUCGGCUUCUCUGGAGCAGCAGAAAACAACCUUUCUCCCUCCUCUAUUUGACAUCCUUUUAUAUAUUUGAACAUGGCUAUCAUAUCACCCCUUAACCUCCUCUUCUCCAGGCUAAACAUGCCCAGCUCCCUUAGCCGUUCCUCAUAAGGCAUCGUUUCCAGGCCUUUGACCAUUUUGGUUGCCCUCCUCUGGACACGUUCCAGUUUGUCAGUGUCCUUCUUGAACUGUGGUGCCCAGAACUGGACACAGUACUCCAGGUGAGGUCUGACCAGAGCAGAAUACAGUGGCACUAUUACUUCCCUUGAUCUAGAUGCUAUACUCCUAUUGAUGCAGCCCAGAAUUGCAUUGGCUUUUUUAGCUGCCGCGUCACACUGUUGGCUCAUGUCAAGUUUGUGGUCAGCCAAGACUCCUAGAUCCUUUUCACAUGUACUGCAGUAUUAAACUAAUUGGGACUUACAUCUGAGUAAACUUGGUUAGGAUUGUGCUGUAGUUUGUACAAUUGUGAAGCACAUUCUGGGCUGUUUUGGCUCUUGAUCUUCCUGGCUUCCCUUUCUGUGUCCAGGAAGGGGCCCUGGGUAUCCCACAAGCUCACACAAACACUAAGCUUAGGAUCCUGGUAGUUUCAGCUUUCAUUAGUCUGCCCCCAUUUUGGGUCCCACUGUCUGAAAAAAAAAGGCUUGAACAAUGUAAUAAUAAAUAAAAUCUCCAAAUAGGGAAGAUGGGCCUGGGAAGGAGGAGUUUCAGUGUCCUUAUGUCGCUUCUUGACCCACCCCCUGGCUAGGGGAAUAAAUUAUGUUAAAUUAGCAACUAUAGGCAAAGUGGCUUAAUUUCCAUACCAUAUGCUGGUUUUUCUUGGCACAGAAUUGUGAUGAAUAAUCUUACCUUUCUUUUGAGCCCAAACAGUCCUGAUUUUAAGAAAAUCUUUGUUGCAUAUACUGACUUUUGCUUCCCCAUGACUGCUCUUGGCUGCUUCAAAGCCACAUGAUCCUUUUGCCAUUCAGUGUUUAUUUUGGAGUAACAGUGGAUUUGGGGCCCUACAUGGCACAAAAUGAAUAUGGCCCCAGCUUGGAAGCCAUCGGAUGCAUCAUUGAGAGCCUGGGCUCCCUAUAUUCUCUGGACACAGGUAGUCAGAUGCUGCAGUGUGCUUGACAUCACUUCCCAGGCACAGGGGUGACAUUAUUAGUUUAUUUUUAUUUAUUUGGUUUCUGACCCACCCUUCACUAUUUGAUCCCAGGGUGGGUUGCAGUAACUUAAAAAUAAUAUUCAAAAGAGUUUAAAACAAAUAAUAAUCAUAGGAGGGUGAGUCCUGAAAAUCUAUAUCACACAUGUCCAAGGACAGGGUAAAGAGGCGCUUCUUCAGCAUAGGAUGCAAACUAUACAGUGAAGGCACCCAGUGGACCUCUGUGGGGAGGGAAUGCCACACCUUAGGGGCUGCCACAGAGAAAGGGUGAUAGAACUGCCAGCUCUGCUGAGCUUGACACCCAGGAAGGUUUGUCAGGAAGGAGGGAGCCUUUCAGGUAUGUCCUUGAUUUUUGACUGGGGAUGGAGGAAGAGAAACUGUGGAAUGAAUAUGCAUCUUGCAAUGAUCCCUUCAAGAAACUUAUCCUGUCCUCUGUUGCCAUCCCAGAAUGAGCAUGAGCUGGCAAUGUAAUAGUGAAAUAAAUAUAAUACAGGUGGGGACUCUUUCUUGCUUUUUGUUAGAAGUGGAGCUGUUAACAGACUUAAAAAGCAAGACCAAGGAUUAAAAUUGGGUCUCUGGAGACCAGAUCUGGCUUGUGUGCAUGAGUAGUUUGUGUUCUCUGAUCUGUCCUUUGACCAGAAAGCGGAUAGGAGGAGAAGACUCAAUAAAUUUUAUCUUGGUGCAGCUUCCACCUUACUUUGUCCAUGUGCUCGGGGUGCAUUAAAACUGUUAAAUCACACAUGCGUGAUACGAGCAAUGCCCUGUUGUUUUUAAAGAUGCCAUUGCUUUAUGCCGACUACUAAACAUCUGCUGAGAGAAGAGCUCUGCACUUCUUGCAGAAAGUAGACAGGCUUGGGCUUCAGUCACAUCGAAAGGCAGGUAUCCAGUUGAAGAGCCGUCACCAAGAUCACUUGUCUGUAUGCCACUGCUGGUCACACAGUACGGAGUUCAGCCCAAAAGGCUCUCUUUCCUGACUCGCUGUCUCUGCUGCUGUGGCUCUUGAGAAAAUGAAGGGGGGAAACCGAGGCAGCUGGUGAGCGGACCUCCAGUCCAAGGGCAGGGAUACCCAGAUCCACUGGUUCUUCAGGGUUACUGGUAAGGUGCAGAUCUGCUGGUAGUUCCUGUUCCUCUUGCUCUCCUCUGAGGGGAUCUCAGGUUGGAAGUCUGAGCAGGGUUGAAUGCCUCUUAACAGCUUAACAACAACAACAACAACAACAACAACAACAACAACAACAACAUAACCCCACUGCAAAAAAGGGCACAUAGACAUUCCAUUGUGGCGACCAUAACCCAUGUUCAAGGUGCCUUUUGGAAAUUAGCUUAUAUCCUGUUUUCUAACACUGCUCCUUGGAGACAUAAAAUGAAUGACAUUUUACAGCAGGAGUCAGCAAACCUUUUCAGCAGGGGGCCAGUCCACUGUCCCUCAGACCUUGUGGGGGGCCGGAUUAUUUUUUGGGGGGAGGGGAUGAAUUCCUGUGCCCCACAAAUAACCCAGAGAUGCAUUUUAAAUAAAAGCACACAUUGUACUCAUUUAAAAACAUGCUGAUACCCGGGCCGGAUUUAGAAGGCGACUGGGCCGCAUCCGGCCCCCGGGCCUUAGUUUUCCUACCCAUGUCCUACAGGCGUGGGGACCUGGUGGCCUUCCAGGUAUUGCUGGAGUGGACUGUAACUCCCAUCAUUGCCCAUUGCCCACUCUGCUUGGGGCCGAUGGGAAUCCAUCAACAUUUGAAAGGCCACAUGUCCCCCUCCCCCGUCUUAAUUGAUAAUACAUCAGUGAAAAUGCUGGCCAUUGUCUUGCAUAGGAUCUAGGAAUACAGACUCAAGAUACAGUGAUAGAGCGGUCUAUUUUUUGUCAGAGUGAAAUAGAGUCCUUGGGGCAAGUGAUUGCUCCAUCCAUACUGAACAUGAGCGGACAUCUUCAUGUCCCUGAGAGGGUCUAGUUACCAAAUGCACCAGGGCUACCUAAAAACCAAAGUUUAUCUUCUGAGACUCUUCCAGUGCCAUGCUGCAAGUUCUGACAGUGAUGUUACUACUUAGAUUGUUAUUUACCCUGGCUGAGUUAUUCAGAAGCUUUCUAGAUUUAGAGAUGGGUGACCAAUUGCUCAAACUACCAGAUAUUUCAACAGUGCUGAUUCAUUUCAUGGUUGUUUCUUUAAACAAAAGUCUUGACAACUGGAAGGCGUGCUUAGAGCCAUCUGAGUCUCAACAAGGAUAGCCCAAUAGCCCCACAUUGCCAAAGCAGCCAAGGGAACCAAAAUAAAAAAUGAGAGCUAUUUCACAGGCCAAUUCUUUGUGCCAUGUCUCUUCAUGGGCUUGGGAUGCAGAUGUAUUGAAGCUUAACUAAGACCUGUGCAGCCCAGGCAGCUGACCCCAAGGAUGAGUGGCCCAUCCAUGGUGGAGCCUUUCUAAUUCAAGUCCUGACUGAGUCAUCUGCUGAGCCUUGAUAGGAGAAUAUCCUAACGGAUGCCUUCCUCCUGGCUUCAGCUGCAUAAAAGCCUCCAUCCCCAUGAAGUUCUAUCCUGCCCCUCUGUUAGGGCUGAGGGACCCUGAGGUGCCUUAAUAUGCUGUCUUGCCUCCAUCUUGCCCAGAUAUGAGAAGACCCUUCCCCAGAGUUGAUUGGGGAUCUGGUGCUGAGCUGUAGGCACACAUGCUCCAACCACAGGCUCCACAGGAUGAGACGUGCAUUCAGCAGUGAGGGCUAAGAGGGUUGGGGUGUCUUUAAAGUUUGGCACUGUUGAAGAGGCAAGCUCCUGCUCUAAAACGGAAUAUGAAAAGUGGAUUGCUUCUUCAGCAUCCGAGGGCAACAUCAAAGAAACCUCUGGCUCUUAAUCCUUUCCCUCUCUCUGUGGGCUGGAGGGCAGGAAGGGGUGGGAGUGAUCCAGAGAUCACUGCCAAUCUCCAGACCACAAGCUGGUCUCUGGAGCCCAAUCUCACUACCAGUAUUUAGAGGUGCUUAUCUCAAGCUGAGACAGCAGCUGCUGCCUGCAAGAGCCAAGCAUUCCAGGAUGUACAUGGGGUGCUUUGUACAUGGCUCUUCCGGAAGCAAAUCAGCAAAACAAGUGCUGGGUUCUGGCUGUCAUCUUGCUAUUUGGGUACAGCAGAGGCUAAUGGAUACUUUAGUUUUCUUUCUGCAGCUUCCCUUUUAGGGCCUGGGAAAAGGACCAUUUGGAGUGCCCCCCCCCAGUUUACCUUCCUUGUGUCACUUGCAAGUUGCUCUCUCUCUUUCUGUGGUCGUGGAAAGCAACGUGGCUCCUCUCUUGCUAACUCUGAGGCAGAAAGGCUGGGAGUGGGGAAGAAGGAGUGCUGGGUGUGGAUUAGACCUGCUAUUCCACUUCAGGGGGAUUUGGGGGGUCCUGACCUUCAGCCUUAGUCUCUCCUUGGAAAGUGUCCCUGAAGCAGAGGAAGGACCAAAGCUGAGUGGCAGAACAUCUGCUUGGCAUGCAGAAGACCCUGGGUUCAGUCUCUGGCAUCUCCAGGUGGGGCUGGAAGAGACCUCUGCCUGAAAUCCUGGAGAGGAGCUGCCAGUCCGUGUAGAAAGAACGGAGCUGGAUAGACCAGUGGUCUGGCUCAGUAGAAGCUGAGUUCUUCCUACGCUUGUAAGUGGAACCACGUCUUCCCUCUAUGGCAUCGUGAGCCCUCCCUUCCAGAGAGAAUCUAGCAAUUGUGCAUAUGAUCCCUUAAUCCAGGGUGAGGCGAAUGAGGAUUCCUCAUGCUGGCAAGGGGUGGCAAUCUUUGACUCACUCCCUGAAUCACCAUCUGGUCAGUAACAUGGGUUCACCCAGUGCAGGCAAAUGGGGAAGCAGAAAUAAAGGGGAGGAGAGGAAGCCUCAGCUGGUGACAAGAGGCCACCACUGCUAGAAAAAUACUGGUUGGGAGUGAAAAUCCCCACCAACUUUUCACUUCCCCCACCCCAUAAAAAUACUGAUGGUGGCUGGAUAUUCCUUCUAUGUGCCUUGCCCUGGGGAAUGCUAGGAUACGUCAGGGGCUGCCUGCUCCAUCACUGAGGCCUUACGGUUAGUGGCCCCCAUGGCUUGGACGAAUGACUCAGAUCCACAAGGAGCCAUGCAUGCAGUAUUCUGCACCCAGUUUUGUGGGGCUCCCUCCACUGGAGGUCACACAAGCCCCCUCCCUGUUGAACGAAUACUUUUUUUUAUUGCAGUAGGCUUUUUCAUUGAAUUCUGAUUUUGUAGCUUUACCUCCUUUUCCGUCUUACUGUAUUGCAUUUCCUGUACGCUGCUUAGAGGCAAUUGGGAUUAAGUGGCACACAGAUUGUAGGAAUUAAUAAACAAGAAACCCAAGUUCAAAUCUAGGCUCCUCCAUUUACAGUCUGGAUGCUGCCUCUCGGUCUGGCUUCUACUUUUUAAAAAUGUUUUUAUUAUUUUCUAAAUAAACAUGAAAGGCAAAACAUGCAGUUUGGAGAGUAGUUUGUUACAUAAAAGCUCACCCUCACUACUUCAACAAAAUAUAUGGCCACAGGUUUGAAGGAGACAUAUGAAUUCUGGGUGACCCCUGGUAGUCUUGGUCCUACUUUUUUUUGUAGAUUGGGAAAUACAAUGCAAAACCUUGCUGGUUUUUUUGUGUGAGGAUGAAAUAAAUACCAUGCUUUUCACACUAAAGAAUACUGUAGAAGUUGUCAGUAACCCACAAUCUUGAAUUAAUUGGUAUUCUGUAUGGUGAAUGAAAAGCUCUCUUUGUGUGUGUGUGUGUGUGUGUGUGUGUGUGUGUGAGAGAGAGAGAGAGAGAGAGAGAGAGAGAGAGAGAUAAAGAGGUGUGUGUGCGCAUAUUAUGAUAGAUGGAGACAGCCAGACAGCCAGGUUUAUUUUUCCCCCAGGAAUACAACUUUAGCUUUAAGUCCACACUCCCCUCAUAGGAGAAAAACCAGCCCUGUUUUUGUGUGUGUGUGCUGGUGAAUCUGCCUUGAGGAGGGGCGCUUCUCACCCCUGUGAGCAGUAGUGGAGCGUCAUGCUCUGGCCCAAGGGGGGGGGGAGAGCAGGCAGGACUGGCAUCCCGGGGGCGUGGCACACCACCUAUGGGGGCGUGGUGCCCAGUGCGGGUGGGGGCACAGCCAUGAUGGCACCCCACCGGGAUUGCGCUGCCGGGGGCGGUGUGCUCCCCCCGCAUUCCUCUUCCUCCGCCAGUGCCUGUGAGAUCUCUGUAUCUGCACCCCCCCAAUGUUAAGUCUCCAAGUGCUGUCCUUUCAUUUUUCUUAUACAAGGAAGUGGAAGUCUUUCACUUAAGUGGAGGGGGGUUGUAUGUUCUCUUGGGGGUGGAGGCUAAACUGUCCCCUGGUGCCCUUAGUAUCUGGAGUGAGAAGAAUGCUUGCCGCCCCCCCCCCCCCGCAACUGUGCCUUCACCUUACAACUGCUUGCUUUAUCCCAUAGAAAAGGAAGCUGUGAAGAACUGAGUGAGCCCCAAUUUGUGCAACUUUUCCAUGGGUUCUAGUUUUUUUUUCUCAAGCUAGAUUGCAAAAGAGUAUUUGGGAGAAGAGGAUGGGUCAUCAGGAGCUAGUUUUGAAAAAUGAAUAUUGAAUAUAAAAAGUGCCGCUAGAUGACUUUGCUCCCUUCUUUUGCAUAUUUUAAGACGUAAAAGAGAAAUUCCUAGGCAUCCGUAUCUCAUUUCCAGGAUGUUCCUGGAUUAUUAGGUGCCUGAAAUUUUUCCAGCUCUACCAGAAUGUUGAGCCAUUUCUCUUAGGCUGUGCAGAUCAGCAGAAGGGCUGUUUCUGUGGGUUGGCAUCUUCUGCCAUCUGUCAAGCCCUGAACGCAGCUGCACCUCCGUUUGCUGCUCCCUCUGGUUGGAAGAGGCUGCACUGUUAGUGCCAACAGCCAGGGGCCGUCAGGGACUGCUCCACAAGCCAGGAUGUCCCUCGUAUCCCUGAACCAUUUUGGAAACCCAACUUGGCUGAAAGGUGGAAUAGACAUGUGUUAAAAUAAUAAUCAUUGUAGGGGGGCUGCGGAAAGCUCAGUGUUGUAUCACAUGCUUCACAUUCAGAAGGUUCUCUGUUCCGUCCUAAAAGAGCACCUUCCCCAAUCUUGGUCCUCUUGGACCCCACAACUGGCAGGCAAGGCCUUGUUGCUGGUGCUACCACUAGCAGCUGCCGGGUCGGUGAUGACCUGCAACAGGGCCUUCCUGCUGGUGACUCCAUUUGUGGAAUGCCCUCUCUGGUGAGGUGUCUGUCUCUUUCUCUUCAACAUUCCUGCUUACCUAGGUUUUUGGUGCCUGAAAGAGGCUGUUCCUGGCAAUCCUGAGAUAACUAUUUUAGAGUUUUAAAAAUGAUUUUAUUAUUGAUAUGUUUGCUUCCCUGGGCGCCUUCAGGAGGAAGGAUGGGAUGUGAAUGGAAUAAAUAAUAAUAAACCCUGGUAUCUCAUGGCAGGAUUGGGAGAAAACCCCCCGGCUGAAACCCUGGAGAGCUGCAGCCAAUCAGAAUAGAUAAUACUGCACCAUAUGGACCAAUAGUCUGGUGCAGCAGUCCUAUUUUUCAAGAAAAAGAGGUUCUGGAGCCACCAUGAGCUCCUCCCUCGUUCUCCCGGGACGGCCAUGGUGCCCACCUGCCAGGUGCUGGGCCUGCGCUUCGGUAAGCUCCAGCUGAAAAAAGCCCUGUGGCAUAGUAUUGGGCAGCUGCAUAUGGGUAUCUGCCCCAAUGUUUUCAGUUCUGUGGUCCAUCCAAAAAGCACAUUUCCCAAGCAGAUUAACAUCAGUGUUGCCUAGAAACCCGAACUCUUUUUUGCUGAGCCUGUACAUGGUCCCAGGUUAAAUCUCAAAGGGUCCUUGGUGCUCCCUAAAAUGAGAGGGAAGCCGUGCCUAGUGAUGUGAGGUGAGAAAAUUCUCCGGAGAAUAUUCUCCACAAACUGUAAAUUCUAAUGUAAGAACCAGUUUUACAACCCACAUUAAAAAAAAUCUAGUAAAUAAUAAGUCAAACUGUGAUAUUGCCAGUGUAAGUAAUGAAUCAUGAUUUUUUUUGAUCCAGUUACAUUACUGGACAUUGUGUCAUUCACCAUUGGCAGUUCUGAAAUGUGAGCUACAGAAAACAUUUUAUUUUUAUUUUUAGUUUUAAAAAUGCUAUUCAUUUAAUUUGAAGAACAUAUGAAUUUAUAUGUAUUUCAAUUAUAUGUAAUAGCCUUUUGUUUCUAUUUUGGUGUGCCCUUAUUCUUACCAAUUCUGUACCCUUUGGCCAUACAGUGUGAUUUCCCCCCCAGAAAGUAGCUUUAAUGCUUUAUACACUUAAAGUACCUAUUAUACGAAAGAGCAUUUGAGGUGCCCUUGAUUUAAACAGUUGAUAUUUCCAUAUUUUUAUUUACUGCCAGUAACUGGUUUUUGCAGUGCCAUUCAAUGGUACAAGGUGCCAUUUACCAGAGAUUGACAUACUGAAAUAUAUUAUCAUAUAAUGAUAACAUAUUUAAUGUUAAUGGCUUCUUUUUUAUAUGUAUGCAUAUGGUUUUAUUUAUCAAGCUGUGUUUUAGUCACCAAAACAGUUAUUAAGUGUUAGAGCUAUUAGAAGCACAAGAUAGCGUAUUACUGAAUUUACUUGUAUCAAACCUUAACAUGCCAAUUGUAUUUUUUGACUUGUCCUAUAACAUGUACAUGUUCUGUUGGAAGAAUAAAAUAUGAUUUAACUUUAGAGUUUCCUUUUACCAAACCUUAACAUGAUAAUUACCGGUGCCGUCACCUUAGAAUGGUUUAACUUUAACUAUAAAAUAAUAAUAAUAAUAAUAAUAAUAAUAAUAAUAAUAAUAAUUUAUUAUUUAUACCCCACCCAUCUGGCUGGGCGGCUUCCAAUCAAGUAUUAAAAUACAGUAAUCAGUUAAACAUUAAAAGCUUCCCUAAAGAGGGCUGCCUUCAGAUGGGAGGGUGUUCCACAUGGCGGGUGCCACUACCAAGAAGGUCCUCUGCGUGGUUCCAUGUAGCUUUGCUUCUCGCAAUGAGGGAACCACCAGAAGGCCCUCGGCGCUGGACCUCAGCGUCCGGGCAGAACAAUGGGGGUGGAGACGCUCCUUCAGGUAUACUGGGCCGAGGCCAUUUAGGGCUUUAAAGGUCAACACCAGCUCGGAAACGUACUGGGAGCCAAUGUAGGUCUUUCAAGACCGGUGUUAUGUGGGCUCGGCGGCCGCCCCCAGUCACCAGUCUAGCUGCCGCAUUCUGGAUUAGUUGUAGUUUUCGAGUCACCUUCAAAGGUAGCCCCACGUAGAGCGCAUUGCAGUAGUCCAAGCGGGAGAUAACUAGAGCAUGCACCACUCUGGCGAGACAGUCCGUGGGCAGGUAGGGUCUCAGCCUGCGUACCAGGUGGAGCUGGUAGACAGCCACCCUGGACACAGAAUUGACUUGCGCCUCCAUGGACAGCUGUGAGUCCAAAAUGACUCCCAGGCUGCGCACCUGGUCCUUCAGGGGCACAGUUACCCCAUUCAGGACCAGGGAAUUCUCCACACCUGCCCGCCUCCUGUCCCCCAAAAACAGUACUUCUGUUUUGUUAGGAUUCAACCUCAAUCUGUUAGCUGCCAUCCAUCCUCGAACUGCCUCCAGACACUCACACAGGACCUUCACCGCCUUCACUGGUUCCGAUUUGAAAGAGAGGUAGAGCAGGGUAUCAUCUGCAUAUUGAUGAACACCCAACCCAACCCCCCUGAUGAUCUCUCCCAGCGGCUGCAUGUAGAUGUUAAAAAGCAUAGGGGAGAGGACAGAACCCUGAGGAACCCCACAAGUGAGAGCCCAGGGGUCUGAACACUCAUCCCUUAACACCACUUUCUGAACGCAGCCCAGGAGUUAGGAGCAGAACCACUGUAUAACAGUGCCCCCAGCUCCCAUUCUCUCUAGACGGUCCAGAAGGAUGUUAUGGUCGAUGGUGUCAAAAGCUGCUGAGAGAUCCAGCAGAACUAGGAAACAGCUUUCACUUUUGUCCCUAGCCCGCCUCCGGAGAUCAUCGACCAGCGCGACCAAGGCAGUUUCAGUCCCAUGAUGAGGCCUGAAUCCUGACUGGAAGGGAUCCAAAUGGUCCGCUUCUUCCAGGCGUGCCUGGAGUUGUUCAGCAACCACUAGCUCAGUCACCUUGCCCAAGAAUGGAAGAUUUGAGAGUGGGUGAUAGUUGGCCAUAUUGGCCGGGUCUAGAGUUGUUUUUUUAAGAAGCGGUUUAAUGACCGCCUCUUUCAGCAGGUCUGGGAAGGCUCCCUCACAGAGAGAAGCAUUCACAACCCCGCGAAGCCCAUCGCUCAGCCCUUCCCAGCUAGCUUUUAUAAGCCAGGAUGGGCAAGGAUCAAGGAGACAGGUGGUUUCACUCGUCCAAGCAGCCUGUCCACAUCCUCAGAAGUAACAGAUUGGAAUUGAUCCCAUGCAACUUGACUAGACAGGACUCUAGCACUCUCCCACCCCGGCUCUGCUCCCCCGGUGGAGUCUUCCUCUUCCUGAAUGUGAGUGACUUUAUCUGCAAAAAACUUUGCAAAAUCAUUGCAGGAGAUCAUGUGGCCCGUACUGGACACCGAUGGAGCAUUUGGUUCCGUUAAAGUGCAAACCAUCUGAAAGAGUCUCCUGCUGCUGUUUUCUGCAUAUGCAAUAGAGGCAGUGAAGAAAGUCUUCUUCGCCGUAGCUAUUGCCACUUGGUAGGCUCGAUAUCGAGCUCUAACCCGUGUCCGGUCAGCUUCAGAAUGAGUUAUCCGCCACCAGCGCUCUAGCCGUCUCAGCGAUUGUUUCAUUGCCCUCAGAUCCGUGGAAAACCAUGGGGCUGUCUGGGCUCCAUGCAAUUGGAGAGGGCGCUUCGGAGCCAAACAGUCAAUAACCCUGGUUAACUCUACAUUCCAGCGGACCACCAGGGAAUCAGCUGAAAGGCCAUCAACAUGGGAUAAAACAUCCCCUACCACUCUUUGGAAACCAUUUGGAUCCAUUAAGUGGUGGGGGCGGAUCAUCCGAAUCGGCCCCACCUCACUGCAGAGGGGAUGGGUCGCGGAGAAAUCCAGUUGCACCAGGAAGUGAUCUGACCAUGGCACUUCUUUAGUUUCACUUUUACUUAGUGUCAGAUCACCAACAUCCAUAGAGGUGAACACCAGGUCCAAGGCAUGUCCGCGGCUAUGAAUUGGGCCAGACUUAUUCAGGGACAGCCCCAUGGAGGCCAUGCUUUCCACGAAGUCCCGAGCAGCCCCUUGUAAGGUCGUGUUGGCAUGGAUGUUAAAAUCCCCUAGGACAACCAAACUACGUGUCUCCAGGAGAACAUCCACCACGACCUGAAGCAGCUCAGGCAGGGAAUCCUUGGCGCAGCGGGGAGGUUGGUACACCUAUUGCCCAACUUCCAGAACAUGCACUCAGUGAACUGGGUCUUCCCAAUAGGACGCCUGGUGCAAACUAAUGACUUCCUAAAAAUCACUGCAACCCCCCCCCUCCCCGCCCACAAGGCCUGGGUUGCUGUGUGUAAGAGAAACCUGGUGGGCACGCAGUAGCAAGAACAGGCCCAUCAGCUUCAUCCAACCAAGUCUCUGUUACACAUGCCAGGUCAAGUCCUCCAUCCAUGAUCAAGUCAUGGAUGGCAGUGGUCUUAUGAAUCAUUGACCUGGCAUUGCACAGCAGCACCUUCAGGUCGUGUGGGUAUCCCUUGCUGAUUCCAGUAUCCGGCUGGACAAGGCCAGACCCGGAGGCAGGGAUAGUCAUCAAAUAAUGACUAAACCUGCCUCCUUGGAAAUGACAUGGUCUGGUCUUAGCGUACUCCUCCUCCUACCUGUGAUCACUGAGAUCGGUUGUCCCAGUGCACCCCCCCCCCCCGGAACCUGCCCCAGCCAUUUUGUUGGCUGGGACCGACUCCCAGGCAGCCCUGACUCCUCCCCUUAAAACAAAAUAAAACCUAUAUAAAAACAAAACAACACAAUAAAACAAGAAACAAAAACUGUAAAAAUUACAACCAUACCAAAAUUAAAACAAAUUCCCAAAUCCAACUGAACAACCAUCCCAUCUCCCACACCAAAAAUAAUUUAAAAAGGUAAAAAGAAAUUUUAAAAAACAUUUUAAAAAGAACUCUGCUCUGUUCUGAGAUCUCCUGGGCAGGCCCCCCCCGGGCCAGAAGGUGAGAGGCAGGGACAGGAGCUGCCGGCACUCACAGCAGGGGAGUCCUCCUGGGCAGGACUUUACUUUUUAAUUUGAUACUUGCAAGUGACAAGUAGGCUUAUAUAUUUUCACUGUGGUUCCUUUACUAAACAAAAAGUUUCCCUAUAUGUCAACAGUGCUGACCUGCUGACCAAUAAGAAAGCGUUUUUUAGACUCCUCCCACUCCCAUGAUCCCAUCCACACUGUCAAUCAUCUUCAGUUGUUUAGUGUGUCUUGUGUUUUAUAUUCCUUUUAUUUUAAAAGCUACAUUUCAUACAUACACAACAUAAUUAGAAUUCAAAGUUGAUGGUAAAUAUACGGUUAGUGGCAGGCUUAGUGAUUAAUGUGAGUCAUUCACACUGAAUUUUCAAUUUCAAGUUUGGUGCAAAAAAUCAAAGAAUGCGAAUUCUUUGCCCCAUUGAAUAAAAGUAUCUGUACAGUUUUUGGUUGCCAUCUGAACAAGUUUACCCAUGAUUAUUCUCGAGAAUUUAACAUCACUAGCCGUGCCCCUGACAGAACCACAGGGCCUUUAAAUGGGCUUGGUCCCGGGUGGAGAGGCUAGGGCUCCUCGCCUUCUCUUCCGCACACAGCCGUUCACCCCAGUGUCCAGCCAACGUUGGGCUGUGUGCCCUGGGACUCUGCAGGGCAGCAUCUCUGCCUCUUAGCUGGCCAAGUUAUUCCCACGCGUAUUAAUAGAAGGAUGAGUACCGUCCUUUGCGUGCCUCAUGGAACCUCUCAUUGCAGCAGGAUUCUUUUCCUCCUUGCGACUGCUCCUUUAAGGCAAGGGUGGGGGCUGGAGGGGGGCCCUUUACUGGCAGCCAGGGAAUUCCUGGGGAUUCACCCUUGCUUGUCCAUCAGCCCUGCCAGUAAGUGCAUUUACUACCUCUGCCCUCUCAGCCGUCCUAGCUUUUAGUUAGAAGGCUAUGAGAAGACCUGGCUUGCUGCUUGGGGGGGGGGGUGUGCUGUGGUUUCUGUGCUUCAGCUGAGGGGUUUUGCCUGAGCUGGAGGUCCCUGAAGGGCCAAACUGGGAGGGGACAGCAGUGACAAAUCCAUGUAUGCCUGAAUAUGAAAGGAUGCAGCCUUGACUAAUGGGAACCUGGGUCCUAUACAUAAAAAGUACAGAAAAGGCGUUCGUGGCUCCAGCAACUAAGUGAAUUUGGUUCUUGGCUGGCUCGACUUUCUUUCGUGGUUCAAAGGAAUGGGUGUGAAGGAAGCAAAUGCCUCUCAGCGCUUGCAUUGCGCACUGGGGUUGGGGGAAAGGACUCUGGCUCAGACCUGCUUGCAGAGCCAUCAUGGUUCAAUCCCCAUACACCAUUUGAAGUAAUAAAUAGAGUGUCAAACCAAGCGUGUGCAGAGUGCCACAGCAACAUAGCCAUGCUCCCAAGUCCGAGAGCAUCAUCUUCAGGCUGGUUUGAGGCCCAGCACCUCUUUUAAGUAGCUAACCUUGGGGGUGGCUGUGGGAAGGACUGAGAGUUCUUUCUCUUCCUCUGUCCAGGCUUCACACUCUGAGUCUUUGUCCAGGCUUGGUCUGUAGCAGCUUUAUCAAAACCAGGGUGAAAUUGCUGUACCCACAGCAGUGCAGCAAAAUCACAUUAUGUUUAUGAUGCAACAGCAACACAUUUGCAUCAGUCUGAAGACUCCAAUAUUUUAAGAAAAAUGUUACUGUGAUUUUACAAUAUGAUUUUUAAGUCUUGAUUUUUGUAGUGGGAUAUAUGCUUUUUUUUGAUCAAAAUAAACUCAAAAGGGGCUUGAGAAUUGUGUGCCCUAAUAAGCCAGAUCAUGGCUGCAUGGUUCUCAUAGAAUCAAAGAAUCAUAGAAUCAUAGAGUUGGAAUAGACCACAAGGGCCAUCGAGUCCAACCCCCUGCCAAGCAGGAAACACCGUCAGAGCACUCCUGACAUAUGGUUGUCAAGCCUCUGCUUAAAGACCUCCAAAGAAGGAGACUCCACCACACUCCUUGGCAGCAAAUUCCACUGUCGAACAGCUCUUACUGUCAGGAAGUUCUUCCUAAUGUUUAGGUGGAAUCUUCUUUCUUGUAGUUUGGAUCCAUUGCUCCGUGUCCGCUUCUCUGGAGCAGCAGAAAACAACCUUUCUCCCUCCUCUAUGUGACAUCCUUUUAUAUAUUUGAACAUGGCUAUCAUAUCACCCCUUAACCUCCUCUUCUCCAGGCUUGUGGUCUCUUCCAACUCUAUGAUUCUAUGAUUCUAUACCUCUCUCUAGGAUUUGAGAAACUCAGAAGAUGGCAGCCAGAGACACUUGGAAAUGUCAGCCCAGUCUGCAGCAGCUGUGAAAAAGGCAAAUUCCAUGCUAGAGAUGAUUAGUAAAGGGGCAGAAAAUCAAACUCCCACUUCGGUAAUGUCCCCAUGCAAAUCCAUGUUGCAGCCACUCUUGGAAUCCUGUAUACAGUUCUGUUUCCCGGCUUGUAGCAUUCUAAAGGAUAUUGCACACCUGGAAGAGAUGCAGAAAACAAAAUGAGUGUGCUAAACCAUUUGGGGCUUUUUAGAUAAGAAAAAGGGUGAGUAAGGAAGUACGUGUGGAGGUUUAUAACAUUGUGUAUUGUAUGGGAAAAGACAUUUUCUCCAUCUCUCCAAAUAUUAGCACUUGGGGUCCUCCAAUGAAAUUGGGCAAGAGAUUCAAGAGAGACAAAGUAAAAUCUGUUUUUACUCAGUACAAUACAUAAUUAAGAUGUGGAAUUUGCUGCCACAUGAUGCCGUGAUGGCUUUAAAAGGGGAUUAGGUGAAUUCAAGGGGACGCCUUAUCCCACCCCCAGGUUCUGGGGCAGAAUAGCACAACGCCAGUUCCGAAGGAACAACCGUUGGAUUUUGCCUUCAUGCUUCUUGCAGGCUUCCCGGAGGAGUUGGGUUGGCCACUGGGGUAAAUCAGAUGCUGCCGACCUUUGGUCUGAUCCGGCAGGGGGCCCUAUUUGUCUGAGAUAUUAGGGCACCUCAGCCAAUCUCCGUAAGCGUCCUUUAUCCUUGUCACAAAAUUCCAUAUCAUGUUGGCAAUACUGUUUCCAUUUGCAACAACUGAGCUUUUUCUGGGGAGGAAGUUUUCUUAUUCCACACACUACCUCGGUCUUAUGGACCCCUUGCUUCCAGGCUGGACUGAUUCAAUGAAGUCACCCAAUACAGGUAUCUGUUAGGUUACCAACACCACCUUUGCUCCUACUGACUCAGGAUCUGGCAAUUCAUCAUGAAUGCCGAGAUCCAGGAAAUGUCACCCAUGGUAAAUAAACACAGUGCAUGACUUACUGUGUCACUAAAAAUGCUUAGGCUCAGAUGUUUUUCCUUGUGCUUUAUUAUUUUUUACAUUCAUAUAAUUAUAGAGCUGAAAGGGACCCUGAAAGUCAUUGAGUCCAACCGCCUGCAAUGCAGGAAUCUCAGCUAAAGCCUCCAUGACAGAUGGCCAUCCCACCUCUGCUUAAGAACCUCCAGGGAAGGAGAGUCCACCACCUCUCAUGGGAAUCCACUGUCAAAUGACUCUUACUGUUCUUCCUAAUGUUUAGUCUGAACCGCCUUAUAACUUGAAGCCAUUGGCUCAAGUCACACCCUCCAGAACAGGAGAAAAGAAGCAUGCUCCAUGUAACAGCCCUUGAGAUAUUGGAAUAUGGCUGUCGUCUUCAGUCUCCUCUUUUCUGGGCUAAACGUACCCAGCUCCUUCAAGCACUCCUCAUAAGGCUUAGUUUUUAGAUCCUUGAACAUCUUGGCAGCCCGCCUCUGCACAUGUUCCAGCCUGUCCUUCUUAAACUGUGGAGCCCAGAACUGGACACUUGGCUCCAUAUGUGAUCUGACCAAGGCAGAAGGUAUUACUUCCCUUGAUCUGAACACUAGACUUAUGUUGAUGCAGGCAUUACCUUUUUUUGUUGCUGUAUCACACAGCUGACUCGUGUUAAGCUUGUGGUCCGCCAAGACCCCUAGAUCCACAUGUACUGCUAGAUUCACCUAGAUUCACCUAGAUACCCCUAGAUUCACAUGUACUGCUAUUAAGCCAGAUGUCCCCUAUCCUAUAUUUGUGCAUCUGGUUCUUCCUGCCUAAGUGCAGAACCUGACAUUGGUCCCUUUUGACAUUCAUUGUGUUAGUUUGAGCCCAGUGGCAUUAGCUACCCCUCUCCAUGUAUUGUGGGAACACAGUGUCUUUGAUGGAUGAUUACAAUCCAGCUGUAAAAAACUGUAGGUGUAGACUUUAACAUGUUUGUAUUCCGAUUUCAUUUUAAAACCAGGCUAUUUUUUAAAAGUAAUGCAUAUCACAGCUUUUUUUUUAAAUGAAAGAAUUGGUUUUCAUUUACCCUGCUCACUCCCACACUCCAAAGGUCCGCUUCACGCAUUGCAGAAGAAGUGGGUGCUCUGGUAAAAGGCUUUCCAUGUGCCAGUAGGUCCCCUGAGGUGAUUUUCACUGCAUCUGAAUCACAGAAGUGUGUGGCAGGGAGCUGGGACUAAUGGUACUUCCCCCCUGUGCACAUAGCGGGAGGGAAAAGUGGCGUAGCCAUUGGCGGUGUCUGCUGUAAGGUGCGAUGCAGCUCCUGUUGCCUAUCGAUAUCUUUUACCUUUAUUUCACCUCUAGGUUUCUGAGCCUUUAAAUAUUAUUAUUAUUCCAAGAAUGAAAUGGUUUCUGUAGUGAUAAAUUACUGAAAUAUAGUACUAUGCUAAGACUGUGCUGAUCCUGGUUAAUUUGUCCCAAUCACAGUGUUCUGUCUGAUGGAAAAAAUGGGGAAGUAGGUAGGGAGUGCAUACCGUAUUUUUUGCUCCAUAAGACUCACUUUUUCCCUCCUAAAAAGUAAGGGGAAUUGUGUGUGCGUCUUAUGGAGCGAAUGCAGGCUGUGCAGCUAUCACAGAAGCCAGAACAGCAAGAAGGAUUGCUGCUUUCACUGCGCAGCGAUCCUUCUUGCUGUUCUGGCUUCUGAGAUUCAGAAUAUUUUUUUUCUUGUUUUCCUCCUCCAAAAACUAGGUGCGUCUUGUGGUCUGGUGCGUCUUAUAGAGUGAAAAAUACGGUAAUUCAAAUUCUACAUCAGACUGUUCUCCCCAUGGCCUCACCAAGCUGCCAAAGACUGGUUUGUGGUUUCUGAAACUGAUGAUUGCAGUCAGGGCACACAGAGGCAAGCAUUUCCUCUGCUAAACAAUGCCUAAGGCUGCCAGUUGGUGCUCAUUUUCCCUGGUAGUGGAAGAUGGACCUUGAUGUCCAACUGUGCCUCUGAAGAUUUGGCCUUGUUUCAGGCUCCUGGGGAAAAGAGAAAUCAACCUGCUUUCUCUUGUCAGGUUGUUCUCUGUUUAAAGCAACCCUGGCAGAAGCUUGUCCAACCUUCUCCUGAAUAACUCCAAGCGGGGCAGUUCUGGAACCUUCCUUGGCAGCUCUGCCCACUAAGGAGAGCUGUUCCGCAAGCAAGGAGCGAGCUCCCCCAGUUUUCAGUCUAGGGAUGCAGCCUUGCAGUUUGUGAAGUGUAAACUAUUUUUUCUGUCCUUUUGUCAGCGAACAGUAGGAAUGACUUGUCCUCCUUUUUGACGCCAGAAGUGCCAUUUAGGGAGGGGUGGCAGAGGACAGUUCCCUCCACCUUGUGUUUCAAACCUUGUGUGAUGGUUCACCAGGAGUAUUUAAGUCUGUGACCGUAUCACUCAUUCUACACACUGAGCGAUGGUGCUCUAAAGAAUUAAAUAGGUGUGUGGAUGGCAUUCUAUAUUUACUCAUGCAAAAGAUACAAAUCCCAUUCAUAAGGAAACUUAGGACUGACCUCUUUUGAAAACACUGUUGAAGUUAUGCUGUGUAAAAAGCCCACGCUCGUACAAUGCACAGCUGGAGCUUCUUUUUCCGUUUAAUCUUGAAUAUAUCUAAGCACGAGCCUUUCUGCCUUGCUCUGAAUCUCAUACUUCACCCCCAGAAAAACAAAACAAAACUUACCUUUUAAAUACAUAAGAAAUGCCACCGUGUUUCCCCCCCACUGGGCAUUUGAGCUGAACAUCCCCAGUUCCUUUGCCUGGCUGUAGAAUUUGCCUUCUGCCCCCUCUCUGUACAGCACUUAUUUAUACAUUUCUGUGUCACUCUUCCCCAUCCAGCUGCAGGGCAGUGUCCAACAGGUGUAGCCAAUAUAUGGCGGCCUCCAUGUGUGGUCCUACUGCCCUGUCAUCCCUGAUUCUUGGUGCUGAUGGGAGUUGCCAACCAGCAGCAACAGCGAAAGAGCACCAAGUUGGGGAAGGCUGACUUGCACUCUGUAAACUCUUUCAGGGCAGCAUCUCUCAGCUCUUCUGGAACUUAUUGAAAGCAGAGCAAGCUGCAAAAGGGAGAUAGAACCAGUGGCCCCCUGUUGCAGCUGAUUCACUCUUGGGUUUUUGAUUUUCUCCUUGCCUGCCCCUCUGCUCUACUGUGUAUCAUAUGGAGGUCAUAUGUACAAAGUAGUCAGCGUCAGGUGAGACAAAUGUGCUCAAAGGUAAGUUAGGAACUUGCUGUUCAGGACAAUAAGUUGGCUCUCCUAGUAACUUGACGUCUACAACACGAAAGUGAGCUUGGGUGGAAUUCAACGUCCUGCUCUUCCUACCAUUCUGUCUGUUUAGGCAUUUCUGCUUGCCAGAUGGAAGGACUCCCUUGUGCCCCGUUCUGAGCGGUCUCCCAGCCCCAGGAACCCCAUGUUGAAGGGGGGAGGAGGGAGGCCGGCUGCGCAAGUGGAAGUCCUGCCCUUGAUGAGGAACUAACUUUCCAUUAACAAAACCUGGAAGGGGAUUUCUAAUAAGGGAGACCAUAUGGGGAUUGUUCUGAGACAUAUCGGGGUGUGUGGGAUCAUAUGUAGAGCAAGCCUGAGCCUUCUUACCUUUGAUGAUAACAUGAGGAUGCGGAGCCUCCAGCUCAAGGCAGCCUUCUCUUCUCUUGGCCUCCUUCAUGAGUCAGCCCUUUUGGCUGAUGGUGCUGCCCAUAUUUGCGUCAACAGCCUUCUUCUGUGUGCUUUAUUUGGAAGCUGCUAUUUUAGAAAGAUUUUGAGGAACAUUUGGUAAGCAGCGGUUCUCUGACAGGCAGGGAGAAAUGCAUGGGAAGUCCUGUGUAGAUGUUGCAGUUUCUCAGAGAGCAGAGAAGGGCAUGCACAGUAAAGGCAGAAGGUUUGGCUCCCUGCAAAUGUCAGCUUUCAUUUUUUUUAAAAAACCCUCAAGUUUCCAGCCGCAGUCCUGCUCCAAAAUGUGUGGUCAAUUCCUGCUGAAAUCUCAGAAGCCAGAAAGGAAGCCAAACAAUAUUUUCAGGGGUUUGGAACUUCAGUGACCUGGAUUGUUGCUUGUUGCUCGUGGCAAGUGAAAAAAACAAAAUGAAUUUUACAGAGUGGAGCAGGACUUUCUACUAGCUACUCAAUGCUGGUAGUCAAAAACCUUCUACAUGUCUAAUCCGAGGCAGCAGACCUGCUCAAAACACAAUGGGGACAAACUAGCAAUUUAAAUAAAUGUCUGCCAUUGCUCAUCCCCCACCAUUCAGCAGCACAGAAUUGGGUCCGUGGGAUAUAAACAUAAGGAGAAAAUGAAAUGAAAUGAAUAUAUCUCUCAGCAGAAAGAAACUGAGCAGUCUUUUCCAUGCAUCCCCCUUAAUGGUCUUCCACAGGCCCAGCAAUGCUGAGCAAAGCCCGCCCCCCCCAAGGAUUUCACAGAUACUGUACUGCAAACUUUUAACGCUUGCAUGCAGCUUCCUCCUGAGAAGCAUCCCAGGGUGGCAUCAGGACUAAACUGCAAGGCCGUGGAGUGAUGACUUAAAAAAAAUAUUAGGCCCUUAUCUGCCUGACAGGAUGAAAUUGUUGGCAGUAGAACUAAAGGGCCAUUUCUCCACGUAGGGGAGUAUUCAAAAAUGGAUUUCCGUACUGGCUGUCUAACUAUGUUGUGCUGCAUAUCUAAAUUCAGUCACAGAUGGCUUUAAAAAAUAGAUUAGUCAAAUUCAUAGCAAAGGAUCAGCUGUGAUAGUGAAAUUGAACCUCUGUAGAAGGCAGUAUAUUGCUGAGCAGCAGAUAUUGAGACGUAGUCGAGGGGGCAGUCAUAACCUUUGUGCCUUAUCUUGCAUCUGGAUGAUCUUGUUCAGGACAGAUUGCUGAAUUAGACAGACCUUGCUUUGAUUCAGCAAGGCAUUAAUUAGAUUUGUAUAUCUGCAAAAUCUGUUGAAAUGAAGGAAUUUUUUUUUUUUUACCAGUUUUGGUUCUUUCAUUGUGUGGAAUUUAAUUUUACCACCAUGGGGUGCCAACCCUAACCAUUUGGAUGCUGCUAUUUCACUCUCCAAACUAGAAGCAGAACUUCAGAUUCCUGGAGGAUGCAAACACAGCUGAGUGCACACUCUGGCAGACAAGUCCUGUCCCUGUUUAACUCCUUUAGACUAAAGUCUCUCCAUCAAAGGGUCAAGGCUGCUUAUCAGAAGACGGGCAGGAGACCAGACCUGGUAGUUGGAUAACAGAGGGAAGGGAUUCUCUGAUCUGGGGAGAGGACUUCCCAUACUUUUCUCUUAAUGAGAGUCAGUGCCUGGAGUGUGGACAGUGGAAGGAAGCACUGCAACCCCAAGGAUAUAUUUGGCCUCAUGUGUAGCUACCGGCUGCUGAUUUCUCGGGCCCAGCUUAGAGAAGAUUAGGUAUAAAUAGGACGUUUACUGGGCCAGGGCUGGGAGCGUCUGCUCAAGUGGGGUGGGGUGGUGGAACCAGCAUGACCCAUGCCUGCACUGCAGAUGCAGAACAUCUUGGAAUGUUUUUGUGUGCAUUUUGAAGUUUUCCUUUUUCUCCGUGUUGAAUUAGGGUGUCAGGGAAGCAAAAACAUUUCUAGGUACCAGCCUAAAGUUGUUGCAUGACAGAGCAAUUGGAGAAUCCCAAGUGUUUGGGGAAGCUAAAUAUUGGAAACAUUUGUCCUUAGUUGCACUGCCCAUGUGCUCUUCUGAUUUGGUCAGGCUGUAUGGAGUGAUGUGUCAAUGCUAGAUGUGGACUGACCCCAGUGGGAAUCAGCCAGAAGCAGGUCUCAAGUUCAGAUGCCCUCCCGUGUCCUCCAGAUGCUGUAAUCCAGCAGCACCCAGAGCGCAUCUGGUUGGUUACCUGGGCCCCACAGCAAAGACUGGAGCUGGAGCAAGAGUGAGAGCCGCCUGGCUCACCUGUGGCUCCCAAGAUGCCUUUUCCACAUGCUCCAGAGCCGCACUCUUUCCCGCUGUUCUGCCAUGAUGCAGCCUUCUUUGCCCACAAGGAGUAGUCCUGCUGAAUCAUGUUUGGGAUUCAUGUCCAUGUGUGAUUUGAGGAGUAGAGUUGUUUGCAACAAGGUUAUUUGCCCUUCUUUAAACUGUCUUGGUUCAUAAGUAGAGUCAGACAAUUAUUUCAUUACUAAAUAAUUGUCCUGUUUAUAAACUUAGCCAGUUCAUAGUAUAAUUUAUUCAUUACAUUUGUAUCCCAGCCUGGCUUUCUAGCACUUGCAAGCACAUAUACUAUGCCCUUCUAAAAUGUGACUUUUUUUGGGGGGGGAUGUUAUUGGGUUGUUGUUUUUAUUUUGAUUAUAUAUAUUGCGAUUUUUAUGUUGAUCUUUUCUGUGAACCACCUUGAGACCUUCGGGUAUAGGACGGUAUAUAAAUUCACUAAAUAAUAAUAAAUAAUAAAAUAAUACUAUCUUCACAAGAAAAACCCCAAGAGUUCUGUGGCUGAACAGGAAUUUGAACCCAGGUUGCCCUAGGCCAGAUCCAGCCUUGUCCAGUUCUGAAAUGCUUUGUUCACAGGACUCUGAAAAUUUUGCCUAAAAGUUCUCUGGUUUUGUGUGUGCAAGCAAGAGGGCUAGAAGCUUGCUUUUAAUGAAAAGAAAGCUGAAAUUAUGGAAAUGCUGUUUUCUAUAGGCUUCCCAGGCUUGGAGCUGUAUGUGCAUUUUUACCCUUUGUGCUGCUGUGAGGGUGCUAGCACAGUAGUUUCAUAUUCCAUGUGGGUGGAAGGUUGAUCAGUGUCAGGAUGAUAUGUGGGUGCUUGCCGAGAUAACAGCCCGCGAUUCCAGCCAGUCUUUACAAGAUUUAUUAAGUCCCAAACUAUGCACAGUACGGAGCUCUUAAAAGCAUGUCUGCCUCAGUCGCUAUCCGUUGCCGGAAGUGGCUUGCGCCUGUUCCCCUUCCAGCAGAGAAACUCCCUGAGCCCCCCCCCCUUUCCUCCUCUCCUUACGUGAAAACCUAAGCAUCAGAGGCUGUUCCUUUCUCUGCUAUACCAGCCUUUGGAUCUCAUUUUCUGUGUUUCCUGACAGCCCCUCCUCCUCUCCCUCAAGUGCAGGUGCUCAUCAAAGGAGGCGGCUCUCUGUGCAUUCCGGUCUCUCCCCCCUUCUCUGCCAACCGAUCCCUGACAAUCAGGGUCUCCUGGUGGAUCUUUGGGCAAUUUGUCUAACUCUAGUAAUAUCAACAUCCUCCCCGCUGCAAAAGGCUGCUGAAAAUAAUAAAAGUUCAGGGGAAACCAGGAGCAGAUUUUUCUGUUUCUGAUUGUGAAAACAAAUUACUGGGCCAAGGUGCCUUCAGAAUUGCUCUCUUCCUGAGUUCGAAGUGUAUGUCUGCCCUAAGCCAUUGUUUGGCAUUUGGCUCCUCUUGGUGGAAAUUUGAGUCUUUGGGGUGUAGAAGCAGAUCCCACCAGCUUGAACUCUGCCGACCCCUAGAUGAAGGACAGCCUUGCUGCAAGUGAGUGCUGAAGGAGAUCUGUUUCUUUUUCAAAAAACCAAAAGACUGCAGCAAGGGGAGAUCUUAUGAGAGACAGGGAGACUAGGAGGAAACAUUUUAAGAGAGUGGAAGAGUUUGUGUGGCUUGAUGGCAGUACAACUGGAAGAGCAGAUACCCCAGAUAGCACUACAAUGGGGCAUAAAGCCAGAAAAAAUAAUAUAUGGUAAGGUAAAAUAAUUUAGAUGAUCCGGAUGCGAAUGUCUGUGCCAGAUGCCUGCUCCUAGCAGCCCCCUUGCAAGGCACCUUAUAGAUCAGGGGUAGGCAUCCCAGCACAGGAAUGUACGGGUUAGGACUGGUGAAGAAGUGGGGAGAUGGGGGUGGGGCCUUAUUGAACGCUGUCUGAUGUGGGGCAGAAGGGGACCCUAACGUAGCCAGGCUCAUUUGUCUGACAGCACAGUCCUCACCAAGGCAACUCAGAAGUAAGUCCUAUUGAUUUCAGCAGGGCCUAGGAUUGCAGCCACUGUUGGGGAAGGGCCAGAACUCAGUGGCAGAGAAUCCCGUCAAUCCCAUUCAUUUCCUGGUAGGGGCUGUGAAAGGCCCCCGCCUGUGAUCCAGGAGAGCCACUGCCAGGCACUGCAGACCAGGGGUGGCAAAGCUGUGACCUUUGGAUGUUGGUUGGACUCCGACUCCCACCCCCUUGACCAUUGUCCCUCCUGGCUGGGGCUGAUGGGAGUUGGAGUCCAAUUGCAGACAGUACUGAGCUUCGUUCUGCGACGCUCUGACUCUACAUGAGGCGCGUGCUCUUGAGGCGCAUUGCUCUCCGCUUCCUAGGAUUGCCACUGGGGGCCACGGGGGCUCCCCCCACCCCCUGUCCCAGUCCUGUUUAACGCAGAGUGACAGACCAGCCUGCAUCCCCCGCUUGCUGCCUCCUUCAUGGCCCUGGGCGCCCAGCUUGUCACAUCGCGCUGGCUCGGCCGUGCCGGCCUGGCAGAGAGGGAGCCCGGGGGGGGGGCCUUAGUGGGGGGGGGGGUUAAGACACAGCAGAUACCACUAGCCCUUCAUACCCUCAGCCUCUGGUGGAAGGUGUGUUGCCGGUAGAGGGAGGGAAUGAGUGCUGAUCCUGGUUUCAAGGUUCCAUCGUGUUCUGCCAGCCUCACUGCCAUCGUUUUAAACGUCAAGGAUACCCAUUAAUAAUAAUAAUAAUAAAAUUUUUUAUUUAUAUCCCGCCCUCCCCAGCCAAAGCCGGGCUAAGGGCGGCUAACAACAAUAAAGGUUAGAGGUUGGAAAAAUGUAAUCGACCACGGUACACAUAUAAUGUUUGUGCCAUUUGUCUCGAAGGCUGGACAAUAUCCAUAGCUUCUGUCCUUGAAAUUCAAUCAAUCCAUUCAAAUUAUACUCAGAGGAGGGCACUACAUUGCUAAGGUUUCAGAACAAAAAAGCCAUGCUUUUGUCUUGAUCAGCAUCAAAAACACAGCCGUGGAAGGACGCACACAUUGCAUUGCAUUUCUUUGCAUUUCUUUUAGUGUCUAUUUUGUUAAGCUGCCUUGUGAGACCUUUGUCCUAAAAGGCAGAACAUAAGUAUUUAAAAUAAAUAAGAUGUUUAUAUUGUUAGCAGUGUGUGUGUGUGUGUGUGUGUGUGUCUACUCAGCAGAAAGGCAGAAGGAUUUAUUUAUCAAAAGUAUUUAUAUACAGCUUAUUCGUUAAGAAAACUAGAGCAGCUUACAACAAUUGUACAUAAAAAAUCAGAAAUCAGUGUUGUGAAAGGUCUGUUCUUAGUUUCCUGCAUAAGCCUGAUGGAAUGGAAAAGUUUCCAGCAAGUUUUAGUAGUCAGAAAUAUGCUAAAUACCACUAUGAACAGCCAUUUGACAGAAAGCCAAAGAGGAACAGAGAGGGAACCAUGGAUAUUCCAAGACCAACUUGUUUCUCACUUCCCUUGUAUUCCAACUUGAGUUUGUCUCUCUUUUGUACUUAAACUUGUUGACUUUUGCCUGCAUAGCAUUGUAUUCUUCCCAUUCUUGCUUUAUUGUACAUUGCUUUUUAGACUGCAUUUUUAAUGCUUGUGAAGGGCCUAACAGUUAUUGGUGGUAUAUAUGAGAGACACUUGGGGCUAACUCUAUGGAAAAGCAAAAGUGUCAGGAUAUUUCUGCACAAAAUAGAAACGCUAAAUUUGGUGCUCAUAAGAAGACAAUCUUCUUAUUUGUAGGGGGAAACAUCCUGGAAGUGGGCCAUUUUUUUUUGCUUUGCCAGUGGAGCAUACACCAUAGCCAUGGAGGCUCAGUCUGGAAGUAGACAAUGCAAAAAACAGGGUAAAGCUGUCAGGUAUACCCCCAGCAUCCCUGGAAAUUGUGCCAUUGGCCACCAGUCGCGAACUCUGCUUGUGACCACAUGUUGACCCCACACCAAGGUGGCAAAUGAACUCCCAGUGCUGGGAACAUCCCCCUAGUGCGCGCACACACACACACAUGAUGUGAUGCCCAAGGCCCUCUGCUCCAUCAGCCCCAGCGGCACAACCAGCACUAGGACCUUGAGAGGUCCUGUGCCAGAGAAUGUCAGACGUUGCCUCUGAUGUCCUAAGUUAGUCUUUGCAACCAUUUGGAGCUAUGUCUUUCACAACAGGCUGGAAUAGGUGCUGAUGUUUAUCUCCUUGCUGCCAAAACUUUCACCUGCUGAUGUCUGCUCAUCAGACUGCAGUUUAAGGAGUAAAAGCAGGCCUCUCUUUUACAGUCAGUAAACAACAUGGGCUGGAGUGCAGUUAAUAAACCAUGGGCACUAUUCAACUACCAUUUUUCUCUGGCAGAAGAGGAUUCUCUCCCUCCAUCUGUGCAUGCCCUGUACCAUACCCAAACCUGCUCUGGAAGGUUGAGGGGACCUCCAGAACAGAUGGGGCAGGGGAAGAAGAGAGGGAGAAUAUUAUGUUUCUCACCAUCUUCUUAGCACUCUAUUGAAUGCAGCCCCUCUCAUUUUUUUGUGGCGCUGUGGGUUAAACCACAGAGCCUAGGGCUUGCCAAGCAGAAGGUUGGCGGUUCGACUCCCCACGACGGGGUGAGCUCUCGUUGCUCGGUCCCUGCUCCUGCCCACCUAGCAGUUCAAAAGCACGUCAAGGUACCGCUCCAGCAGGAAGGUAAACGGCAUUUCUGUUCGCUGCUCUGGUUCACCAGAAGUGGCUUAGUCGUGCUGGGCACAUGACCCGGAAGCUGUACGCCGGCUCCCUCGGCCAAUAAGGCGAGAUGAGCGCCAGAACCCCAGAGUCGUCCGUGACUGGACCUAACAGUCAGGGGUCCCUUUACCUUUAACAACUACAAGGCUGUUGAAUUCCUCACUAACUGCAAUACAGUCAUACCUUGGGUUGAAGUAGCUUCGGGUUAAGCAUUUUUGGGUUGUGCCCCGCGGCGACCCGGAAGUAACGGAGCGCGUUACUUCCGGGUUUUGCUGCUUGCACAUGCACAGACGCUCAAAAUGACAUCACGCGUAUGUGCGGAAGUGGCGAAACGUGACCUGUGCAGAUGCCCAGUCGUGUCCUACAUUCUACUCAGGAUGCGAACAGGGCUCCGGAACAGAUCCCGUUCGCAUCCAGAGGUACCACUGUAGCUGAAUAAUGGUCUGUUUUGGACUGGGGGAGGCUCACAGACAGGUUGUCAACAUCUGCUGUUGCAAGGACAGUAAGUGCAUGUGGUUUCUUUUAUUGAUAUUGACAGUAGCAAUUUGAGUCCCUAGUGAAUGAACCAUGUCCUUAAUGACGGCCAUUGUCCAGUGUUAGAAACUGAGAUAUGGAAGCUUGGAGCUAAAUGGCACUGUUAUAAAAAAAAACUGCUCCCAAGAGCCCGUAGAGAGUCCUUAUGUAGGUUCUCUAUCGGUAGGAGAAAAUAACAAAGGCCAGCCAGAGAAUAUUGAGAAGCAAAGCGACAAGUAAGCCUGAUCUUUAUUAAACUGUUGCAAUAGGGUGCUCAGAUCCCCAAGCAGGAGGGAGGAGGAACCCAGAAGAUUGGUGUGCAAGCCCUUAUAUAGAUUUUGAAAUUGCCCACCAUGUAGCCCAAGACCACCCCCCAAAACAUCAUACAUACGUCACAGAAGGAGGCGGUCAACAGCAGAGGAGGCGGUCUACAACAGAAAUCCUGUUUGCCAGGGUACCUGAUAAUGGUCACUGAUUGCAUUACCUGGGCAGUCUGGCCAUUCUUUUGUGUAAAUACUCAGUUCCUGAAUCCAGGUCAUAGGCUCACCCAUUUCAUACCCAAAUACGCCCUUAAGACAGGAUUUGUGAGCAAAGAGACAAUGGGGAGGUUUUCCCAUUUCCUUCCUCUUUGCAGAUAAACAUUUGAGGUCAAUUUGGGAGAGUCAAAAUGGUUUCAGGACUAUUUUCCUGUACUGUUUCAGACAUGUGGUUUAUAUAUUUAUGUGUGUGUUUGCCUUGUACAUUUAUGAACAUUUAUUUUAUAUCUUAGACCUUAUAGUUCUCAUAACAGCACCUUAAAUUGAUAUUAUGGGCGCAACAACAGAAUGUCUAGGCACACUUUUUAGAACAAGAAUACAAAGCUGAAAAUGAAUGAACUGCAGCUAAAAUCUUAUGUUCAUUUUUCACAUGGUCUGGUCCUUCCCCUGCCCACCCCCCUGAUAUUCUUAAGAGGGUCUCUUCUCCAGUCUUCAGAGAGUGGCCGGAAGUGGGAAGGCAGAAAAAGGUCCUCCUUUCCUUCCACUCUGCAGUUUUAAUCUGAAAUGUUAGGCACAGUACUGUGUCCAGAGCUCAGAAACUGCUCUCGCUAAUGAAAUUCCUAGUAGCAAAAUGUGCCCAGACCAAGGGGAGUUUCACACACUGCUGGCGUCUCAUAAUAGUUCUGGUCAUUCAGAAUAACUGCAGUCUGGAUCCAAGACUUCCCAGUGCUGCGGGGUUGGUUGAAAUUGUCACAGCUGCUGGUGAGCCUCUGACUUGCACCUAUCUCAGUUGUGUCCGUGUGUGUUACAGUUGAAGAACCUGACCCCAAGCAGACCAUCACCGGUGUUUUUCUUAAGCUGCCUUUGGAUUCCAUCUGUCAACUGAAUACCCAGACUGGGCGGUUUCCUCGCACACUCUCCGGCUCCUGGGGCUAUAUUUAACCCCACCAUUCAUUACGGAAAGGCUCAAGAGGCAGAUGAAAGCAAGAAUACCCAAAAAUACAGCUUGUGACCAAACGAGGCUGGUUCAAGCCUCCAAUGAAAUCAUUUUCCUUCUCUUCUUUGUUAUGGCCGGCUCUUUGCGUGGAUGAUGAGCAUGGACACACACCCUCCAAAUUAUGCACUUGGAAUGAAUUAUGCUUAAUGGUGUCGCUAACCAAUUGGCCCUGGGGCAAAAUUUCUUCCCAGCUCCAAAUAUGAUGAUAAGCAUAAAAUAAAACCCAUCCUUCUACAAAAGGAAGGGUUUGGGUCACCCCUCUCUCUCCCCCUGUGUCUCAUUUCCCCCCAAAUCUAGAGUAAGCUCUUCAAAUGUGAAUAUGUGCAGCCUUGGGAAUUUUCGAUGCCUCAGAGCAGUGGGUUUCACAUUUUCUCUUUUUUGGGGGGAACACUUUCCUUUUCCUUUUGUCAGUCUGGGACCCCAAAUCUGCUAUGGAGCCCCUGUAUGUUGCAGAGGAUUCUGGGGAGUGUUUGAGGCAGCACAUUCCGUUCUCUUAGGCCUCCUCAAGCUCUACAUGAACAGAGAGCACGUAGUAUUCGUAUCCCCACUGCUUCUGUGAAAGGGCCAUAGCUCAACCCCCAGCCUCUCCAAAUGGGGCUGGAAAUGUCCCCUGCCUGAAAGUGUUGGGAAUCCUGAGCUUGAGCACAAGUGGCCGGACUCGGACUUAGCAGCUGGAGCUGUGUGGUGCUGGGCAAGCUGUCCUUCAUGCAGUUACUAAUCUUCUUGAGGAACCUCUUAUCAGCUUUCUUUGCAACCUUGUUUGAAAGAAAAGCUUGGGAGAAAUUGAGUGACAGACUGGGUUUUCAGCUACGCAACUGAAACGGCAAAUUAAAGGGCAAAAGCUGCCUUUCAUAAAUAUAUCCAUUUCCAGGUGCUUCUUUGCUCCCAGAUUAUGCUGCAAUCCUAACCUAUUUUACCUGGCAGUAAAUCCCAUUGAAUUCAAUAGAGCUUAUUUCUUUGUAGAGGCGGUUAGGAUUGUGCUGUUAAGGGUCCUGCAGUUGGGCAUUCUCCGGGGGGGGGGACGGACCACAGCUGUGGAAACUUCCCCCUCCUUACCUGCAUUCCAGAAACAUGUGCGGACCUUUUCUUUAUUUUUCCAGGCAUCUGAUCGAUAGUUUUCUUAACUUUGUAAAAUUCCUUCCCCACAUACUUCCAGAGACUUUUUUACUUUUAGUUCUUUCACUGUAGUCACCAUAGUACACAACUCGAGACAUAAAUAUUUUACAUGCCUAAAAAUACAGUUUAAGAAGCAGAUGCAUUUUGAAUAUGAGUAACACGUGAGAUGGCUCUUCAAAGGACCCAGGAGUCCCCUCCCCUUGAAGUAUUCAGGAUCCACAGUGCACUCUUGUGUCCCUGGAUUAGCCCCCAACCCACGUGUGUUAUUGACUGCACAUAUGCAGACUUUUAAGUGGGUGUUUUUUUAGCAUUGAAAUAUUUUAUGGGCCACCUUGUAGGCAAAGAAGCAGAAUUAAAAUGAUAAAUACAGGGUGAUUCAUAAUGAAGUAUACUGUAUAUGCGUACAUUUUGCUACAUCUGGCUUAUCCUACAUUAAGAGUGGAUUGGGGUUAGGAUUUGUAUCUCGCCCUGUGGACUGGCAAUUCCCCGUCCCCAUUCCCUAUCAAGUGGGAGUUGCUCACAUGCUCACCUUGUGGGUUAACCCCCUGUUUCCUUGUUGCCACGUGCAGUGACUUCAGCCGUUUCCCCACCAUGGAUCGGAUGAAGAAGAUCAAGCGGCAGCUGUCCAUGACGCUGCGUGGGAGCCGGACAGCAGAGAAAAACCUCAAUGAGCCCAUCAACCUAGAGGAGAACAACAGCAGCGAUAAUGGUGAGUGCUCUCGAUUUAGCCUGGAGAAGAGGAGGUUAAGGGGUGAUAUGAUAGCCAUGUUCAAAUAUAUAAAAGGAUGUCACAUAGAGGAGGGAGAAAGGUUGUUUUCUGCUGCUCCAGAGAAGCGGACACGGAGCAAUGGAUCCAAACUACAAGAAAGAAGAUUCCACCUAAACAUUAGGAAGAACUUCCUGACAGUAAGAGCUGUUCGACAUUGGAAUUUGCUGCCAAGGAGUGUGGUGGAGUCUCCUUCUUUGGAGGUCUUUAAGCAGAGGCUUGACAACCAUAUGUCAGGAGUGCUCUGAUGGUGUUUCCUGCUUGGCAGGGGGUUGGACUCGAUGGCCCUUGUGGUCUCUUCCAACUCUAUGAUUCUAUGAUUCUAUGAUUGCCAGCAGCGGAGAACAGUGCAUGUGGCGGGGGAGCUCCCCCGAUGCUCUCACAUGCCCAGGAACGCACUAAGGAGGGCCACGUCUUGCUCAGAGUCUGCUGCCUACUAUGGAACCCUCCAACUUGAAGUAUUGCUAAAAGAGCAAGUUUCUAGCCCUUAAUGUUUCAGAGAGUAGGAGCGGGGGGGCGGAGUCGGACACAGGGAAGAUUGUUUGCAGUUUGUUCAGGCUGAGGAUUUCAGUGGUCAGGUGCUGGGACCUUUUUGCUUAAUACUUUUAUUUAUUUGGAAAAGUUUUUAAACUGCUUAAUAAAGAAAAACCGUAAGUGUACUUAAUUCAGUGCAUACAUCAUACAGGCACUGGUGUCUCCUGGUGGUUCCUCAGUCCCUGUCUUUUUGCCUUCAUAGGUUCAUUGUACUUUUCAGUGAAUUUCUGGUUCAAAGUUCUAACUUCUUAAAAAACACCCUUAUUGUAAGAAGAUGCAAGUAGCUUAAUGUGUGCAAAUAUUACAUAAUUGUUUUCAGUCUUGCUGGCAUUGGGUAAACUUUUCCUGUCAGAAAUUGUAAUUAGCUCACCAUGUUACAAACUCAGUCAAAAGUUAUAGCUAGCUCUACUCAGAGUAGACCCAUUGAAAUGUAUGAACCUGAGUUAGUCCUGUCCAUUAAUUUCAGUGAGUGCUCUGCUCAGGACUGGCAUUGGAUGCAGCCUUCUCUGUUAAUUCAAGAUCUCAAUUAAUGUGCCAAUACUUGAGAACGUAGCGGGCAUAAAAUGAUGGUUUCCCCCAGGCUCGCUCAUCUCAGGGUCAUGCAUCUGCUUUCUUGCAUGCUCUGUUUACUAACCUGGAGAGGAAGCAUGAACCUGCCAGGGCCACCCAGCACUCGAGUCUAAAGGUUUACUGAUCAACAAACAACAAGGAGCUGCUUUUCAGUGUGAAAUGCAAGAGAGAUUUUGACCACAAAUCAAACAGCUGGAUCAGAAAUGAACACCAUAUGAAAAGGAAAUGUUGAAUCUGCCAGGUAGAUACUAGUCAAACAUGAUAGUCGCUGCUUGGUUUCAGAUCCAACCUUUUAAAAUGUUUGGUUUAGGGCAGUCAAAAGACUAACAUAAAACGGGACAUUCACAUUUCUCUCAAAAAAACAAAGGGGGGUAGCAACCAACACCAGAGCAUGUGAAAAACAGUGGUGUUUGGGAGCUUAGUCAUGCAGACCAUGUAGGCACAGAGAAUAUAAACUAACCCCUAAUCCAUUUGGUUUUGAAUUACAGAAAUAUUAAAGUUUGUUGACUUAAAACGCAGGCUUGUUACUGAUUUGGGAAUUAGACAUUUAAUAGAUUCCACCUACUAACCAACCAAUUUCAAGUUUCCAUGAGUGUUAUCCAUCAUAUUUCACAAAUGAUUUAUCCAGUGCUUUUUCUGGGGGGAUGCAGGAAUAUUCAUACACCUAAACAUUAUUUCAAUAUGAGUAGGAAAAAGAGAGUACCCCUAAACAUUUUUUAAAGAAAAAAAGCACUGGAUUAUCCUAAGAACAAAGAUGGGGAACCUGCAGCCCUAGAUGUUGCUGAAUUCGCAGCUCCCAUCAACCCCAGCCAGCAGGGCCAGUGAUCAAGGAUGAUGGGAGUUGGAGUCCAACAGCAGCUUCCGUUUCCCUGCUUCAGAAAGUACUUGGCAAGAGCUUCCUGUUCAGUAUUCUUUGCAAGGAUCUUGGCAACCAGAACUAGGUGGCCACUGGAAAUUGGCGAGGGGUCUUCUCUUCUGCCCAGGUGAGGCCACUUCCUAUAAGACUGUACCGCCUUUGCUAGGGUGUGGGGUUGCCUUGACUGUAGAGGGUGGCAAUGAAGGGGGAGUGGGAAUAGGACUCAUCAGCUGCCUUCCACAAAUCUCCUUGGCAGCGUGACAGAGGAGGUCGAGCAGCACACGGAUCCCCUCCUCCUGGUUUUAUGACUUGCAGAGAAUGCGGAUGAGAUUGCUUACGCUGGAUGGAUGCAGCAGACACAUGGGGGCAGGGAGUGUUUCUCUCUGUCUAUGCUGAGCUUUGGUGUCAGCAGAAGCAGCACAAGAGGCUUUUGGCUGCUUUUGGCUGCACUGAAGCCCAGUAAGAGGCCUUUGCUCCCAUCUUGCAAAUCCUCUGGCAGUCAGAGGGAGGGAAAGACCACAGAGAAUGGCUGGCUACUGAUCCAGUCACUGAGCAUUGAAAACCAGGAGGAAGGGAUGGGGAAGAGGGAUAGCUCCCCUUGAGGAAAGAAGAAGGAACUGUGAAGAGGGGGUAAUCCUUAUCACCAGAAGUCUCUCAUAGGUGUAUUCAGAUUAUAGUUGUCUUUGCCAUUUUUAGGUUAUCUCUGUCACACUGCAGACUAGAAACUUGUUGGCUUUCUUUUUUAAAGUGAAACCUGGGGAUUCCAAGGUAUCUGCUAGGUGCUCCAGAGACCACACUAGAAAACAUUCUUGAUUUUAAGCCAUAUAGACACCUGUCCCUGCCAGGUAGAGUAAAGACCUUGAUGUGGCUCUGGCAUCAGAUGCUGGAAAGUUUGGUCCUCGGCUGUGAUGGAAGCAGAUCAGGUGGUCAUUGGGGUUCAUUAUAACUGUCCACCCCACUCCUCAAAUAUUGAAGUGGGGGUGUCUCGGGUUACCAGAACUGUGGGGAGAAGGCUGUCCCUCUCAGGUAAGUCCUGCCUUUCCAUUACACCCCUUUCAUUCCACUUUAAGUUUGAUUCCCGUUCUGCUUUGAUUUUUCUUUUGUUUUUCCUUCCUUCAUAUUUCUCUCUCUCUUUUUCUUCCCUCUGUUUGUUUCUUUUUGUGUAUCUGCUUUAUUUCUGCCUUCCUUUCAUUCUGGUGGUGUGACUCCCUUCCCCUCCCUGCCUCAUUAUGCAUAUUGCUUUCUCUUCCUGUGAGCUUUUGCCAUCUGUGCUUCUCUUCCACUGUGUCCAAACUUUUCCCCUCCUUUUGGAGUGUUUGCGAUUCCUAUUUGCCUCCUAUUCACCCUCCUCCCUGUUUAUAUCACACUUUCUUUUCUCAAUCCAUUAAACUCUCCUUUGUGGUUGGGUGGCGUGAUGGACAUUUGGGUGGGCUCUUUCCCCAAUGCCAACGCUGCCUCUGCUGCUAACUGCUGUGUCCCCCGCCCCCCAUCCCACUCCAUCCUGCUGCCCGCUUGACUCUCUGGCGCCUCUCAUAACUCUUGUAUCACCUGCCCCAUCUGGCUGUCCAUGUGUGGGCUUCCCUCCCUCCCUGCUUCCCUUCCCCCAGGCCCCACAGGGAAGAGCGUGCGCCCCAGCACCUCCCGCAGCGUCCACGCCCUCCUGCACCGCUACGCAGGCUCCUUCCGCAGGCCCCGACUGGCCGUCAGCCGCAGCCUGAGCGCCCACCUCAACCGCUCCGCCCGACUAGGUGACUAUUGCACCUCCCCCUUGUGUGGGCAGGGGCUUGGCCAGUGCUGGCCAGUCCAAAGGAGAGCCUUUCUGGAGUCCCACCUGAAAUCCUUUCAACCUGGGCCUCUCGUCAAUAAGCUGGGCUGCAUCAGAGCUGGGAAUCCCUUGAGCAAGAAGUCUGGGGACCCUGAGCUUUUCAUUUCUGUUUCUUGCUUCAGAAGGCGUUUGGGAAGGGUGCUGGGAACCAAGGCUUAGGGGCCUUAUUCCCAGGGAUCUUGGUUUCAGGUGCUAGCUCCUUAUCAACACAGAUCUUAAGAUUUGUGGCUCAAUGUUGCGUCAGUUGCCAUUUUUGACCAGAAAGAAGCGUUUCGGUUUCAUCUCAGUUUCACAAAGGCUCCUAGGGACAGGGCUGUGGCUCCAUGAGGGAGCCUGCCAAAGUCCCUGGCAUCUCCAGAAGGACUGGAAGGUCUCCUGUCUGAAAACUGCUGCUUACCUAGAUGGACCAGCAGAAUGACUUGGUCUGAAGCGGCUUCCUGUCCUUCUAGAUCCCCAGGAGUGAAAGCUCCCCAAUCUCCACCUUUAUGAGAGUCAACCAAAAUGUAAAACAAAGUGUGGCAGGCUUUUGCAAUCUCCUCAGCUCUUUAUCAGGUAAGAUGUCACACAGAACAGGGUGGUGUGAUGUGAAAUGGAAGUGAAACUGACAUGAAACCAACACAUAUCUGUUUAAUUUUUUUUAUUGAAACAGUUUAUUAGACACAGGUUAUAAGGUCCCUGUUGGUAUUUAAAACAUGUUGAGUGCCUAGAGCAGGGAUGGGGAACCUCUGGCCCUCCAGAUGUUGUUGGACUACAACUCCCAUCAUCCCUGACCAUUGGCCAGGCUGACUGGGGCGGAUGGGAGUUUGGAGUGCUGCAAUACCUGGAAAGCCACACAUUUCCCAUCCUUGCUCUAUUGCCUUGGCUGUGGACUAUCUUGGCCAUGAACUCGUUACAUGACAUUGUGCAAGUUUCUGUUGUAUAAACCAUAACAAUCUAUUUAAAAAAUGAAAACCACCGGCUACUUUAAUACCAUACUGGGCUAUAGUGGACUUUUCUUAAUAAAAUAUGGUACUUUAUAACACACAUGGUUAAAUUGGAUUGGGGUGAGAAAGGGGAAAUUUGUGCAUGUGGGGCAUGUUAUUCAAACCAGCUAGGUCUACGUAAGCAGCAGAUGGAGGGGGCUGGAGGGAGUGGCUUUUGAAUGGUCUAACACUGAAAAAUUAACUGAAAAGAGAAACAGGUACAUCAGGAAGAAAAUUUCUAGCCCAGACUUUUGCCUCCUGCACUGAUUUUCUGUUUGCGAGGAGCUUUCAAUGUAGAUAGGGGAGCAUUUCAAAAUGUGACAGCCCAAUUCAGAAGUCUGCUACAUUAAAGACCAGACCCAUUUGUUUUUUGCUUGUGGGAGGCCAAUUGUAGUGACAGCCUGUCCCACAGAAUGGAAUUUUUUUUGCAAAGGUGGGGGGCAGUGGGUAGGUGGCCAUGAAGGGAAGGUACAAUGACAUAUUGAGAACCACAGGAGAUCCUUGAGGGGUAUUAGAGGGAGUUGCUUGAGAAGAAGGUUUUUAAUUUCCCUGCCUGUGCUGUCUCCAUCUCUCCGUGAUGCAGAAAUUGUCCACGAAGACCUCAAGAUGGGUUCAGAUGGUGAGAGCGACCAGGCGUCAGGGACAUCAUCUGAUGAGGUGCAAUCUCCAGUCCGAGUGCGCAUGAGGAACAACCCAGCGCGCAAGAUCUCCACCGAGGUGCGAGCAUUAAAGAUGGGCGUGCAAAGUUCAGAGCAGUUGUCACUGAGGGGCUCUCUCCAUCUCCCUUUCACACGAGUCACUUUUUAGAGAGGACCAUGGAAGGGAUGUCUAGAGAUGGCUCUACAGUGGUACCUCGGGUUACAAACACUUUGGGUUACAGACUCCGCUAACCCGGAAGUAGUACCUCGGGUUAGGAACUUUGCCCCAGGACGAGAACAGAAAUCUUGCAGCUGUGGCAGCGGGAGACCCCAUUAGCUAAAGUGGUACCUCAGUUUAAGAGCGGUUUCAGGUUAAGAACAGACCUCCAGAACGAAUUAAAUCCGUAACCAGAAGUACCACUGUCUAUAUGACCCACACUCAUUCUCUCUCCCCCCCCCCCCAAAAAGCCAGGAAAUAACAAAGUCUGCGCCAAGAAACCUUAAAUAAAAUAGUGUGAAUUGUUCAGUUACCUAGCAAUAUACAGUGGUGCCUCGCAAGAUGAAAUUAAUCCGUUCCGCGAGUCUCUUCGUCUUGCGGUUUUUUCGUCUUGCGAAGCACGGCUAUUAGCGGCUUAGCGGCUAUUAACGGCUUAGCGGCUUAGCCGCUAUUAACGGCUUAGCGGCUUUAAGAAAAAGGAAACAAACUCGCAAAAACUCGCAAGACUUGCGAAGCAAGCCCAUAGGGAAAUUCGUCUUGCGGAACGACUCAAAAAACGGAAAACUCUUUUGUCUAGUGAGUUUUUCGUCUUGCGAGGCAUUCGUCUUGCGGGGCACCACUGUACUUACUUUUCACAGACCCCUUCAGCUGGCACUCCCCCCCCUGCCAAUAAUUUUAUUUUAUUUUCCAAAGGUACACAAUAUUCAAUUAGCAAUAACAAUACAAAAUAAUAACCAAACAGAAACAAAGACAAAAACAAAGCAUACACCCAUGUGGCUUCCCUCCCCCAUUACUCAUAAUCUCUUAAUCUUUAGAGUCUUAUUAACAUUGCAUCUUUUGGUCAUCCUUAAUAUCCUUAAUAUAUUACUUUUUUCUAGUUCUACUUUACAGACUUAGUCUAUACAUAUCAACAUAUUAUCCUUAGAACAGGUAAUUUUUUCAUGUAAUCCUCAAAGCAUUGCCAUUCCGACCUUAAAUUCUGAUUCGUCUGGUGCCUUAUGGUUGCUGUUAACUUCACCAACUCUAUAAAUUUGCUUAAUUUACAUAUCCAAUCUUCCUUUGUGGGGAUAAUAUUUCCAUUCCAGUUCCUUGCAAGUCUAGCUGCAGCUGUGGCAUAUAAGAAUAAUUUUUUUCUUAUCUUGUGGGAUAUCCUUUCCUAAGAUACCCAAUACGCUUCUGGGUUUUUUCUCUAUAGAAAUUUUUAACAUCUUUUUUAACUCAUUGUGGAUACAUUCCCAGAAUCUUUUAACUUUUUUGCAGCCCCACCAUACAUGGACCAUAGUCCCUCAGCCGGCACUUUUAACCUUCUGUGAAAUCAGGCAGGUAAAAGUCACACCGAUGCAGCUGAAUUAUCUCCUAAUGCUCUGAGGAAUGCCUGUGUGGAAGCCUGAUUCAUAGAAUUGUAGGAUUGGAAGGGGCAACAAGGGUCAUCUAGUCCAACCCCCUGCAAUGCAGGAAUCUUGAAGCCCCAACCCUGAGGUUAAGAGUCUCAGGCUCUGCCAGCUGAGACAUCCUGAGGCGUGCCCUUCAGAAGGGAAUCCUGCAGUGGCCCAACGGCAGAGAAAGCCCUCAGAAGACACCAGUCUUCAUUGAGGGUUUACAAGCUCUAGUUCUUCUUCUUUUUUAAAUAAUGUUUAUUAAGAGUUUAAAAGUUACAAAAAGAAGAAAAAAAGAGUUAAACAAAGCAAAACAAUACAAUACAAUACAUAAAAAACAAAAAACACUGCUUAUCUUAACAAAACAAAAACAAGAACAAAAACAGAAUCAAUUAAAAACACAUCCCAUAUUUCCAUAUCUUAUCUUUCAUUUACUUGUUUCGACGACCUCCUCACACCUCCCUUUUUUGUAUUCUAGUUCAGUUAGCUAUUUCAGCAAAUCCUUUCCAUCUUUCUCAGUUUUGGUCCUAUAAUUUAUCUUAACACAAUCUAACCUUGUUUUUUUUCCCCCUUUAGCCCAUUAACAGUCUAUUUUUACUUAAUUCUUUAUAACAUUUCUGCUAAAGCCAUAUAACUUCAUUCCAGCAUCCUUCUAACAUUCCUUAAUUUUACAGUGUUUCUGUAAAUAGUCUUUAAAUUUUUUCCAAUCUUCUUCCACCGACUCUUCUCCCUGGUCUCGGAUUCUGCCAGUCAUUUCCGCCAGUUCCAUGUAGUCCAUCAGCUUCAUCUGCCAUUCUUCCCGGGUGGGUAAAUCUUGUGUCUUCCAAUACUUUGCAAUAAGUAUUCUUGCUGCUGUUGUAGCAUACAUAAAGAAAGUUCUAUCCUUCUUCAUCACCAAUUGGCCGACCAUGCCCAGGAGAAAGGCCUCUGGUUUCUUCAGGAAGGUAUAUUUAAAUACCUUUUUCAUUUCAUUAUAGAUCAUCUCCCAGAAUGUCUUAAUCCUUGGGCACGUCCACCAAAGGUGAAAGAAUGUACCUUCAGUCUCAUUACAUUUCCAACAUUUAUUAUCAGGCAGAUGGUAAAUUUUUGCAAGCUUGACUGGUGUCACGUACCACCUAUAAAUCAUUUUCAUUAAAUUCUCUCUUAAGGCAUUACAUGCAGUAAACUUCAUACCUGUGGUCCAUAACUGUUCCCAGUCAGCCAUCAUGAUGUUGUGUCCAACAUCUUGUGCCCAUUUAAUUUUACAAGCUCUAGUUCUGCCCCCAGAAUUUGGACCCCAUUUUCCUCCCCUCUCCAGGACAUUAACAAGCGCCUGUCACUUCCCGCUGAUAUCCGCCUGCCGGAAGGUUACCUCGAGAAGCUCACUCUAAACAGCCCCCUGUUUGACAAGCCCUUGAGCAGACGGUUACGGAGAGUCUCUUUGGUAAGUCAGAUUUAAAUGCAAUUUGUUCACUUGGGUUUUCUUUAUAGUGCCCCUCCCCCAUGACAUAGUUCUCUGGGUGGUUGGCCAAAUAAAACGAUAAAACACAAUAUUAACAGUAUCAUGAAAACAAUGACUGUGUAUACAUUUUCAGCAGAGGCGGGAAUGCUGAAAUAAAAUUCACAGUAGAACUAAAAAUACAAAAUAUGCAAUCACUGGGAUCAAAAUUCAGGUUGGAAUUUGCCAUUGUGCUUUGUGGGUCUGCGUGUGUCGAAGGAAGUCUGUGUGCAAAACAGGACUUUUCACCCUCUUCCCUGCCCUGCCCCAUUCUGGGGAUUCCCCCAACCCUCUACAGCAGAUUUAGGGGGUGUGGGGCAGCAGGAGGUGGGGAGUCGCAUUGAGCAAGGGGGCCUCAUUUUGUGCAAACAGCACCUCCGCUAAUCCAGCUUUCAGAUCUUUAAAGAUCGCAGAUUAUAAAGGCAUGGGAGAAUAAAGAAAGGCAUUCACCUGGCACCAGAAAGAGCUUAAAGAGCACCACCACUGAAAAGGCCCUUCUCCUAAUAGCCAUUUCCUUAUCUCACUUGCUGGGGGUCUCUAAAGAGGUUUGGGCAGGUGUGUAUGGGAGAAGGCAACCUUUUGGUCACCUGGCCCCAUGCCAUUCAGGGCUUUAAAGGCUAAGACAAGUACUUAUAGCCUCCCCCCAGCUGCCUACUCUGUCCUUUCACUGCAGUAGGAACAGUGACCAGGAGCCCCUCCCGACUGUAGGUGGAUUCUGCAAUGGGUCAUUGAUGCUGGAAUGGUGCUUUAGUGGUAGAGUCACAUUCAUUCUUUCCCAGAGCUCCCACCUGCUUGCCACCUUCUCUGCAGCACAAAAAAGGUGGGAUAAAGUCUCUAUCACCUAUAACCGUCCUCCUGCUAUGACGUUGGAGGGGUGCUAGUGCAGUAGGGCCCAUCGGCUGGAGAAGGCAGCCCCUCCCACCCUGUCUCUUUGUGCUUUCUUGUGCAGUCGGAGAUUGGCUUUGGGAAGCUGGAGACGUAUGUGAAGCUGGACAAGCUGGGAGAAGUGAGUGCCCUGACCGUCCUCCGGAAGGCGGAGCUGAGAACGAAUUCCAGUCUAGAACACACUUGGGAUGACCACUCAGCUCGGCUUGCUUCAUCUCAGGGCACCUGGGAUGGGGUCAUUCUCACGCUGAUUUUAAUAUAUUUCUCUCUCUCUCUUUAAUGUAUUGAUUUCUACUUUGCUCUUCCUUCAAGUCCAAGGAGUGCAGGAUGGUGUACCUAAUAUCCUCACAACAACCCUGUGAGGUAGAAUAGGCUACGAAAGGGUGGCUUGCCAUAGGUCAGGGAGCAGGGAUUUGAACCUGGAUCUCCCCAGCACUCAACCCAGGACACCACCCUGGCUUAGCCUGAGAGCAGUGAGCUUGGCCAGUCCAGGGUAGUUGUUCCUUUAUCUCCACAAGACUUCCAGCUCAUCCCACCUUAGUAUCACUUCUCACGGUGGAUUUGAUCCAUUCAGCCUGGGAGGGUUCCUUUAGUUCAGUGGAUUUAAGAGGUCCUGGUUCAGAUUCCAGAAUGGCCUUGGGGAGUUCCAUUCAGUCACCCAUCCUUUCCAGCACAUGCAUUCAGAACACGUUAAAGCACACGGAAUCUCGUUUUUUCCAGGAUUGCCACUAACACCCUUAUCCAGAACUCCUUGUUGACCCAUAUCUCUUGUCAGCCUCAACUCUUUCUUCUGUAAAAUGGGCCAAUUAAUGAAUCCAUCAUAGGGCUCUUGAGAGGAUAAAUGAGAGAAGGGAAUUGCAUCAACUGCACCCAAGAUUAUGAAUUCAAGAGUAAAUCAUGCCUCUCUAGGGCAGAGAACUUUCUUCCCCUGAUCAGACCAGCCUGGUGUUGAGAACAUCUUUCUGCAAUUACAUAGACGACGUUUUGCACUCUGGUUUUUUGGUGAAAUUUAUUCUUUGCUGGCGUGGGGGCAUAAGUAAAUUGCAGGGCAACUUGGGACUUGGAGGAGAGUUGGGGUGAGAGGCCAGUUGACUAGAGGUUGGGCAUUGGGCUGCUAGCCUGAGCUCUGUCUUUGCUGCAUUAAGGGGACGUACGCCACAGUCUACAAGGGGAAGAGUAAACUCACCGAUAACCUGGUGGCCUUGAAGGAGAUCCGUCUUGAGCAUGAAGAAGGAGCACCUUGCACAGCCAUUCGGGAAGGUACAUCAACACUCCCUGAAAUCAGAAGGGUCAGCCAGUUUCAGUGGGUUCUGGUCCAUUGGGGCACUCUGCCGUCACCAGACCACUUCCUUCCUUGUGCCCAGUCCAAGGGAUGGCCCUGGCCGACAGCGUCCCGUACCAGUCUCAGGUUUGCCCUUGUAGAACUCAAGGCAGAGGAAGAUGGGGGGAAACUCUGCCUCUCUUUGGCUCUUGCUCCAUCUGCGGAGACCCCGCCACCUUCUGCCUGUCUCAGAGAGCAGCUGCAAGGAUUCCACAGCCAGUGGAAAGUGGAAAUGGCUGCAGACGUUUGGAUGAGCCAAACAGCUGCAUCCAUGAAUGGAGGGGGUCCCAGACUGAAAAUGCAGGUGAACACAAAGACUCGUCAUAAGAUAUUUGCAUUGACCAGAAAAAUUACUGUAGCAGCCAGAAGUCCAGAAGAAUUCAUGUUAGGGCAGUAGAGACUCUUAACCCAGAGUCUCAGAUGUGGCCGACAAGAGGAAUAUCACCUGCAGUGUUCUUAUCAUUUCCUUCGCUAGUGAAGUUCAGGGGUGCAUGCGCAGCCAUAAGGACAUGUGCACACACACCUUUCCCAUGCUCAGGAGGGAGGAGGUAUCAGUGGGCUUGGGGGAACAGGUUAGCAGAACUUGAUCCAUCAUCAUCAUCAUCAGUCAGUCAGUCAGUCAGUCAAAGAAGCAUAAAAACAAGGCAGCAAAUCAAAGGAACCAGUGAGGGUGUGUUGUUAGAACUAGGAUACCAUUAAUCUCCAGUCAAAGUACUGAAAAUCCCCUCUUUAACACACAGAGGUAUUCCAUAGAAAUUGCAAUUGUAAAUAAACUUACUCCACUUUAGAAAAAAAAUAUUUUCCUUUUAACUGUUUUUAUGUUCUUUCUCUAAGUCUAAUUAAAACAGGUUAGUUUUUGCCAUUGUUACACAAUCCCACACCUUAUUAUGCCAUGAUUUAAUUGCUGGACCUGAAGUUCUCCUUACCCCUUUCCUAGUUCACAUGUCCACUACAUGUCGGUAAAACCAUUUUUAAAAAAACUUAGGGAGCAAAAGAAGAGAGGUCUAGACAGAAAGAGAAGGAUGUCUGUGUGGUUCACAUGAAGAGGGGAAGGAAGACGGGAGCAAAUGUACACACAGCCGAGAGAGGUCAUUUUCUGAUCUGUGACCAGAUCUCUUUGCCCCUCCCAGCUCAGCCAGUUCCCUCUCACAGCUUUACCUGCCUCAGUAGGACUCAGUAGGUGUCUAGAGGGCAGACCCAAAGGGCCCCCCCCCCAAGUCUGCAGAGAGCAGGAGGAAGAUGGACUCUGCUGCCCUUGGCGAGGCUGAGAGAGAAGAACAGGAGAGGCAGGGGAGCGGCAUACUGGCGCACACUGGCGCAAAAUUACCCACCCCAAGCAGCAGCAAGUCCAGAGCAGUGGAUCAUGCAGGGACACAGCAGAUAACCUCCUCCCUGGUGGGUGCUUUAGGCUCCCUGGAGCUUUCUAGCUUUCUCUUUCAUGUCGUGUGCUUGCUGUUCUUCUCUCAAAGCCCAGAGUUUAGGAAUAGCUCCAUUAAACUCUUUAGAGGUGCUUCUGUUGCGCGUCCCACAAUGUGCCUCUCUUUCUCUGUUUUCCAGUUUCACUUCUGAAAGAUCUGAAACAUGCCAACAUUGUGACCCUGCAUGAUAUCAUCCAUACAGAGAAAUCCCUCACGCUUGUCUUCGAGUAUUUAGUGAGUAAACAGGGGCGGGCAUGGUAACUGUAACUUAUACUGUUUAUGAAUGAAAACAUCUCAAAUUAUUUACGACUGAAAGCUGAACAUUCAGAAAACCCGUAUUUUGAACAGCCUGGCUGGUUUGAAGGAAGAUGUUGCCUACAGUGCACAUAGAGAGGGUGUUGAAACUGUCAUGGCUUCCUCCCAAGGACUCCUGGGAAUUGCAGUUUUAAGAAUGCUCAAGGGAGCUUUCAAUGCCCUCCUGAGGCAGCCACUUCAGUAGGAAAUUAUUGUCGCAUAAGUGGGGGCGAGUUUUUCAAGGAUAGUCUCCUGAAACCUAGGAAGUACAGUAAGUGUCAGUUCCCUGCCCCUGAGACCACUACCAGUGCUGGGCCAAUAUGGAGGUGAGGGCUUGGACGUGACUCCCACAUCCCCGUCCAGCCCUCUUGCUCAGCCUGGUGCAAACCAUGUAGGCACAGGGGAAAGGAUGGGGAUGUGGGAUGUAUGAACCUUCUGUUCACUUUAUUGGUCCAGGGCACAUUCCUGGGUGGGGGAAUUCUGCUGAGUCCUAUGGCAAGUCCACUGCAUGGGAAUGCCAUGCCCACUCUGGGUUGAAGGAUUCCCAUAUAGUCUUAACGAUAAGGGGUGCCAUCCUGCCCAUGUUUACUCAGAAGUAAGAUUCCCUUGAAUUCAGUGGGACUAACUUCCAGGUAGGUGCUCGUAGGAUUGCAGACUUGUUUGCACAAAUCAGUCAUUUUAAAUUAAUGAAGAGGAAAGUUGUCAAUCCUGCGUCUUCUUUCACCCCAGGAUAAAGAUCUGAAACAGUAUCUUGACGACUGCGGCAAUGUAAUAAAUAUGCACAAUGUGAAGGUAAGUUGCUGACUCCCAUCUGAGUCUGUUUCAGUGGAUUCUUUUACUGCGUAGCAAGCAACUUUACGGAUGUUGCUGGCAAAAGCUCACUUCAGCAUGAGAUUGCACUGGGGGAUUUGAUAUGUGCUUUGCAUGUUCUCCUUCAAUGCUCUGGUUAUUGGUGGCGCCCCCAUCAAACGAACAUGGAACUGUCCUGAGAAAAUAAAGGCAUGUUUCUAAAGAAAAUCCCGCUGUUUGAAGAAGUUAUAUGAAUUGGAAACAUUUUCCUAAAUGCACUCGUUUUGCAUCCAUGGCUGGUUAGAAGUACUGUAUAUGGCAGAUCUAGCGAUGAACUAGAGGGAAAGGCAUUGAGAUGGCUCUGUUCCCUCCUCCAGCUGUUCCUGUUCCAGCUGCUGCGUGGCCUCGCCUACUGCCACCGUCAGAAGGUGCUGCAUCGAGACCUCAAGCCCCAGAACUUGCUCAUUAAUGAGAGAGGGGAGCUCAAACUAGCAGAUUUUGGUGAGUACUAAUUAUCUCUCUGCCCUUGCUCUGCAACAUUUACUAACAAAUGUAAUGAAAUGUAAAAUGUAAUGCAAUGAAACUUAACAUUCCCAGGACUGGCCCGGGCAAAAUCCAUUCCCACCAAGACCUACUCCAAUGAAGUGGUGACACUUUGGUACCGACCCCCAGAUAUACUAUUGGGCUCGACAGAAUACUCCACCCAGAUUGACAUGUGGUAAGGAUUCAGCAGCCUGUGGCCAGCUCUCCCUCCCUGUGGUUGAAAUCCGUAAUUUUGAUAGUACUUUUCAUUUGCCCAUCAGUUGUCAUCUCCCACAGGGAUGGGGGACCUGUGACCCUCCAGAUGUUGUUGGACUUUCUCUUUAGCCCAGCUAGCUUGGCCGAUGGUCAGGAGAGAUGGGAGUUGCAGUCCUGCAACAUCUGAAAGGCCACAGGUUCCCCAUCUAGGGGUGCAGUCUGUUUUUUGCAUGGUUCUUGUAUUUUUAAAAGGUGAUUUAAGUAAAGAGGAACGCAGAUGGCGCUGUGGGUUAAACCACAGAGCCUAGUACUUGCCGAUCAGAAGGUUGGCGGUUUGAAUCCCCACGAUGGGGUGAGCUCCCAUUGCUCGGUCCCUGCUCCUGCCAACCUAGCAGUUCGAAAGCACGUCAAAGUGCAAGUAGAUAAAUAGGUACCUUUCCGGCGGGAAGGUAAACAGAGUUUCCAUGUGUUGCUCUGGUUCGCCAGAAGCGGCUUAGUCAUGCUGGCCACAUGACCCGGAAACUGUAUGCCGGCUCCCUCGGCCAGUAAAGCGAGAUGAGCGCCGCAACCCCAGAGUUGGUCACGACUGGACCUAAUGGUCAGGGGUCCCUUUACCUUUACCGUAAGUAAACAUAGGCCAUGUAAAGGAAACAGCGGUGAAUGCCUAGAGCUGAGCCGCUUGGAUCUCAGGAAACUGCAGAGCUAAAAAAGGAGACUGAAGCUAGGGGCAAACAAAUGCAUGGAGCCAGUAGCUGAGUCACAGUGGCCCGCUAGGAACACAAACUGUGGUAGAGUUCCUUAGAUGUUUGUCCCCAAUCCCUCCAUGUAGAGACCAGGGGUGGCAGACAAGCCAUUCUGAAGGACAACUUGCCCACUGCCAUGUGACAUUCCCCUGUAAUGUGCAGGAACAAGAGCAUGCAAAGUGUGGUGAACUGGGUGCACAUCCUAGAACUGGCAUAGCCAACGUUGUGCCCUCCAGCUCUUGCUGGAUUCCAGCUCCCAUUAGUCAGCCAGCCUGGCCGGAGGUCAGGGAGGAUGAGAGUUGUGGUCCAUGACAUCUAGAGGACAUCUGAUUGGCUGCCCCUGCCCUGGAAUGCCUUCUCUUCUAUGCUUCAAAACAAGGAUUCUAAGUGUCAGGUGGCCUCCCAAGGGGACGUUUGCCAGGGAAGAGGAUAAGAUACUAACAGUUAACAAGACUCUCCAACAGCAGCUCCAAAAUGGUACCCUCUUCAAACAAAAGGGAGAUACCAGAAAGCUUGGGGCACGGUGAGGGGAAUCCAAAGGUUUGCAGAAAGAAGUACAUGGUACCUUGGUUUUCAAGCGUCUUGGAAGCCGAACAUUUCGGAACCGGAAUGCCAAAAACCUGGAAGUAAUUGCUUCUGUUUUUGAACGCGCCUUGGAAGUCAAACAGCUUCCGCUGCGUUUCCCCCCUUUUUUUCUCCAUUGACUUUGCCGACCGCUCUUUGACCCUCGGUUGUUGAACGUUUUGGAAGUCGAACGGUCUUCCAGAAUGGAUUACAUUUGACAACUGAGGUACCACUGUACAUUGGGGAGGGGUCAGAAGUGGAACAGAAGGAGAGAAACCCCUCCCCACUAGCCUCAUGAAGUCUUGAGAAUGCUCACUGGCCAUAGAUGCUGACUAAGCAUUGCCAUGGUGCUAGUGAGGACUCUUUGCUGUAACAUUUAGUUGCAGGCCCUACUUGUUUCUGAGAUAUUUCUGGCCCUUCUCAGUGCAUGCCAGAAUCCUCUGCAAUAUGCAGGCUAAGGUCCAUGGCAGAGAUGCAGGGAAGGUCUUUGGCCGACUAGUUCUAAAAAGUAUACUCUAAAGGCGGCAAGGUUGAAAAUCCCUUACAUAUAUGAUAAUGAAAACAAACCAUGGAAGGGAAGUGGGUGUUAAAUGUUUGGUUUGUAUUUUGGUAAAUGUAAAUGUGCAAAUUUUGUAUGAUUAAAAAUGAUAAUUAAGAUUUAAAAAGAAAAAGAAAAGUUUAAUUCUGCACCCUCUUGAAAUUAUGUGAAUUUUGCAUAUUUUCUUAUAUCUUUCUAAUUCUGCUUCUGAUUUUCAUGGGUGGGACAAAGAUCUGUGCAGAAUCCAGAAGCUGCUCCACCCACUGACUGUGGAAAACCUCUGUUGCUUCUUCUUCACCAGAAAAUGGUGCUGCAAAAUGAAGAAAUAGAUACAUAUUUGGUUAAGUCGCAUAGCACAUUCAAGUGGCAGAAUUUGGAUUUUCUUGGAACAUAAUGUUUUGAUCCAGUGGAGAGAAUCAGGGUUUUGAUUUAAAGCCUAAAGUUCAUGGUCCUUGCUUUGAACUUCCUCCCAGUGAUGUCCUUGUCUUUCUCCUCACAGGGGUGUGGGCUGCAUCUUCUAUGAGAUGUCCACAGGACGGCCGCUCUUCCCAGGCUCCACAGUUGAGGAGCAGCUGCACUUCAUCUUUCGGAUAUUGGGUAUGGUCCUGGGGUGACCUUGCUGGGACUGCUGUGUUGCCGAGAGAUCAGUGGGGAGAGGCAGGAGGGCCUUACAGAAGACUAGACUGCUGAUUCACAGGAGUCUUCUGAGCUGCUUUGAGGAAUCUAGACAAGGAGGGGGAUACAACUCAGUUGAUCAGUAAUCAAUUACCAUAAUAAAUCCAUAACGAUAACCAGUCUGUUAUAUAUUUUAGCAAGUUGCUUGUCUACUUGCUAUGAAUUUGGAUAGCUUUUAGGGUAUUGUAACCAAAUUUUAGGGACGCGGGUGGCGCUGUAGGGACGCGGGUGGCGCUGUGGGUAAAACCUCAGCGCCUAGGACUUGCCGAUCGUCAGGUCAGCGGUUCGAAUCCCCGCGGCGGGGUGCGCUCCCGUCGUUCGGUCCCAGUGCCUGACAACCUAGCAGUUCGAAAGCACCCCCGGGUGCAAGUAGAUAAAUAGGGACUGCUUACUAGCGGCAAGGUAAACGUCGUUUCUGUGAGCUGCGCUGGUGCUGGCUCGCCAGAGCAGCUUCGUCACGCUGGCUACGUGACCCGGAAGUGUCUUCAGACAGCGCUGGCCCCCGGCCUCUUAAGUGAGAUGGGCGCACAACCCCAGAGUCGGACACGACUGGCCCAUACGGGCAGGGGUACCUUUACCUUUACCUUUAACCAAAUUUUGCAUGGUGAUUUCUGAGAUCAAAGAAGAUCAAAGAUUCAGCUGGAUGCCAUUUUGGAUCAAGAUGGCAGGCUGAGCCUUUCAAGACUUCACUGAUUUUAACCACUGAUUUCUUUGUUUCUUAGAAUUCCCAAACAACUCUGCUAGUCAAUCAAUAAAGGACAACAUAUACAUAAGUAAACAUGGCAGAAGUGGUGUGGGUGCUCCUUAAAAGUCCUGUUUCAGGGUCAGCGCCGCUCUCCUGCUCAGGGCAGCAGGGCAACCUGCCUGGGUCCUGAGCUGACUCUUUUCUGGUCUCUCCUUCUCUCUCCUCUGCAUCACUAGGGACUCCCAACGAAGAGACAUGGCCUGGAAUCCAGUCUAAUGAAGAAUUCCGAGCCUAUAAUUACCCUAAAUACCGUCCCGAGGCCCUCAUCAACCAUGCCCCAAGGUGAGUGUCAACCUGCCAUUCAGGGAAUGUUAGGGUGGGUUGAACUUUUCAACUUUCCAAUUCCCCAAAUGAAGGGUGCUAAAAAGUUGUAACAUGACUUGGGAAUUCAAAAGAUACUUUUGUUAAUUAAUGUAAUUUAGUUUAGCUUAGUAAGUAAAAUGUGUGUAAAAUUGCAUAGAAAUCAUUAGAAAUGAUUGCCAAGUACUUACAGGUGGUUCUUCUUCUUCUUCGUCUUCUUCUUCUUCUUCUUCUUCUUCUUCUUCUUCUUCCUCUUCCUCUUCCUCUUCCUCUUCCUCUCGCUGUUUUUCUACUUGGCCCUUGAUCCCAGAGACACCCGGCCCCCCUUUUAUGCACUGGCUUCCAUUGCUUUCUCCUGAGCAGAGGUGCAGAUCAAAGGCUUUUUAUCCCUCUCCUUUCCAGAACAUGGAUUUUGUCAGAGAUGGCGGCUUGUGCCCUCCUCUGCUGACUGAUGCAUGAGCCAAAACUGACUCUGGGGGCUUUACAAGGCCUUUGCCUGUGUCUUGGCUCUGAAGGGUCUGGGGACGUUGCUGGCCCUUGAGUCCUGCUCCAGACCUGCCCCUUUUUCAAACCAGUUGCCCACCCGUAGUUGGGAUGUACUUUGCUCAUUUACAAGCCCCUAUUAAUGCUGUUAGCGGAGCAGCUGAGCACCUCCACCUGGGAAGCAGGGCCUCCGUUUCCCUUCCAGAGCCUGAUCUUCCUUUUCUCCUGGAUCUCCACAGGCUGGAUAGCGAAGGGGCUGACCUCCUGGGGAAGCUGCUGCAGGUGAGAAGUUGUGGCUCCUCUUUGUCUCUCCCUCCAGCCGGAUGCAGACCUUUAUUGUCUUUGCAGCUUCAGGUGACAGGAAGGCCUUCUCUGCUGGGGCUGGAUGGCCUGGCCUUGCCCUUCUCAGGGAAUUGCAGAAUGGAUUGAGGACUGUGAGCCUUAUGUGGCAUUGUACUUGUCCAUCUUAAGGGCUUGUUGUUUGUGCCAAGAAAAACAUAACACAGCUGCCCUUUGAGAACAAAAUGGAAACCAGGCUGGGGAAAGCCGGUGUGGGGGUUAGAACAUGUGGUGAAGGAGUCCUCUCUAUCCAGCCAGGUGACUGCUGGGCAUAGCUUACUCCUGGGUAAAUGGCUAUACAUUCCCACUUCUGCUCAGAAUGGCAUUCCUGGUGGAAGCAGAAGGGCAGGCACCUCUCUUUGCAGCACAGCAGUUGAUCUCUCUCGUCUUCUCUUCUUCCCCCUCCCUGUUCUCUCCCGACGCAGUUUGAGGGCAGGAAGCGGAUCUCUGCAGACGAGGCCAUGCGGCACCUGUUCUUCCACAGUCUGGGCGAACGAGUCCUCAAACUCCCAGACAGUAGGUGCAGGGUGGGGAGGGAGAGAGGGAAGGAGGCCGGCACUAUGGGAUAUGGGGAUGGGCAUAUCGAUGUACGGAAAGGCAGGUGGUGUUGACCUCUGAGUGUGGACCAGCAGGGUGAGGGUCUGUGGUAUUGAUAAUGCUCUAUGAUCUGUUGUCCCUGGAGUGGGAGUGCAGGAUCCCCCCCCCCCAAUUUCUCAGGUUCCUCUGUUAUUUUGUAGGGCUGCCAGAUUUGAUUUGUUUCAAUGGCAGAUGAGCUUUGCUUGAUUAAUUGGUGAAGGCAAGUUUUAAUCUGUGAGGCUAAAAGUUAAGGGAACAAUAGCUUAUUUUGAAGCUGUUUUGCUUCUGAUUGGUUGGAAGCCUGAAGGGAAAGGAUUGGCUGGCCAGCGCAAGAGGUGGAAUUCUGCCCCCACCCGCCAACUGGCUUGUUCUCACUGCUCCCUUGCGAUUGUUUCCAGAGCAGCAGUGAUGGUAGAAGCAACCAGUUUCUGUGCCACCCUUAAGGGGGCAGGAGCUCUGUCAGGGUCCAGGUGUUGCAACCUGGUGUACCCUUUGGUGCCCUAGGCUCAGCCCUUGAAGCCUUUUCACCCAACUGCCCUCUUACGUGCAGGUAUCUCAGCUUAUGCUGCUUCUCUCCUUCAGCCUUCUCCUUGUCUCUCCUGCUUUUCCCUCACCACAGGCAGCUUUCUGGUCCUUAACCUCAUACAGAGACUUUCAUCCCAGACAAGCUGCAAAGUAUCUGGUUUCACAGAAAUUGGACUGUAGACGUUUUUUGCUGCUGAGAGGUUUAAUCCUUAUGAAGCUGGAAUGUUUAUAGGCAAUCCAUAACAUCAACCCAGUUGAGCCAAUUAGAGUUAGAGGCAAAUACAGUGGUGCCUCGCAAGACGAAAAGAAUCCGUUCUGGGAGUCUCUUCGUCUAGCGGUUUUUUCGUCUUGCGAAGCAAGCCCAUUGACGGGAUUAGCGGAUUAGCGCUAUUAGCGCUAUUAGCGCUAUUAGCGGCUUUUAGCGGCUUUUAGCAGCUUAGCAGCUUAUCGGAUAAGCAGAUAAGCGGCUUAGCGACUUAGAAAAAGAGGGGGAAAAGGAAAAAAAAAACCCAGGAACUCGCAAGACAUUUUCGUCUUGCGAAGCAAGCCCAUAGCAGAUUCGUUUUGCGAGGCACCUCCAAAACGGAAAACUCUUUCGUCUAGCGAGUUUUCCGUCUUGCGAGGCAUUCGUCUUGCGGGGCACCACUGUAAUAAUAAUAAUAAUAAUAAUAAUAAUAAUAAUAAUUUAUUUGUACCCCAGCCACUCUGGGAGGCUUCCAACAAAAAUUAAAAAUACAUUAAAUUUAAUGUCACACUUUAAAAACUUCCCUAAACAGGGCUGCCUUCAGAUGUCUUCUAAAUGUCAGGUAGUUGUUUAUCGCUUUGACAUCUAAUGGGAGGGUGUUCCACAGGGCCGGCGCCACUACCAAGCAGGCCCUCUGCCUGGUUCCCCGUAGCUUUGCUUCUCGCAAUGAGGGAACCGCCAGAAGGCCCUUGGUGCUGGACCUCAGCGUACGGACUGAACGAUGGGGGUGGAGAUGCUCCUUCAGGUAUACCGAGCUGAGGCCGUUUAGGGCUUUCAAGGUCAGCACCAACACUUUGAAUUGUGCUCGGAAACGUACUGGGAGCCAAUGUUGGUCUUUCAAGGCCGGUGUUAUGUGAUCUCGGUGGCUGCUCCUAAUCACCAGUCUAACUGCCUCAUUCUGGAUUAGUUGUAGUUUCUGGGUCACCUUCAAAGGUAGCCCCACGUAGAGCGCAUUGCAGUAGUCCAAGUGGGAGAUAACCAGAGCAUGCAUCACUCUGGCGAGACAGUACACAGGCAGGGAGGGUCUCAGCCUGUGUACUAGAUGGAGCUGGUAGACAGCUGCCCUGGAUACAGAAUUUUUUUUUUUUUUUUAUUAAAUAUUUUAUUAAGGAUUUUCUUGUUUUACAGAAGUAGGUGUACUGCCUCGUAUAUAUAUUUUUUUCAUGUAACAUUUUUACAAAUCCCUGUCAUUUGUUGAGGCAUUAGGGGGAGAAGAAAAAAAGGAAAAAAGAAAGGGGGGGUGGAGAGAGGGAAGAUGGAUGGGGGUGGGGUCGGGUGGCGGUGUUUCUAUUAUGUUUAAUGUAUGUAGAGUUUGGUGUCAGCGUUGCUUGUGUUGUUCACUUGUGUUCCUUUGGUGGUGAGAGAGGUUGGGGUUGGCCUAGGGUGUGAUUGUCUGCUUGUGAUUGGCUGUGGUGAUCUUUGUUUUCGUGUGUGAGUGAGGUGGGUGGGUGUUUUGGAUCAGGUUAGCCAUAUUGAUUUGUAUGCUGUUGGUGGAUUAUUGUCAUUGUCCUGUUGGGCUGUGUAUGUGAUAAAGGGAGCCAUACCAGGGUGAAGACGUCUUCUUCUGUUUGUCCCCGUGUCAGUUUCAGUUUAUUAGUUAAUUUUUCUAGUAGGGCUGUUUCCCAUACUAUUUGGUACCAUUGGUCCAUGUUUACUCCGACAGGUCUCUCCAGUGUCUGGUUAUGGUGUUUCUGGCUGCUGAAAGUAGGUGGGUUAUGAGUUCUUUGUGGUGUAAAUGGGCAUUGUUGUCUUGGAAGAUGUUUAGUAGGGCCAAUUCUGGGGUGAUGUCUAUUACUUGCUUAGUUAUUUUACAUAUUUCUUGUAUGGCUGUUGUCCAGAAUAGUUGGAUUUUGGGACACUCCCACCACAUGUGGAGGUAUGUGCCUGUGGAGGUGCACCCUCUCCAGCAUUUUGGUGAGGUUCCUGGGUGUAUUAGCGCUAGUUUCCUUGGUGUUAGGUACCACCUGUAGGUGAGUUUCAGUGUGAGUUCUUUUCUUUUCGUUGAUAUGGAUUUAAAGGGGGGGUUUAGACCACAUUCUGGUCCAUUGAGUGGGGUUAAUCUCAUAGCCUAUGUCAUUCUCCCAUUGUUUUUUGAUUGCAUCUAGGGGAUUUGCGGGAUUUUGGAGUAGUAUUUUGUAUAUUGCGGAUACCGUCCCUUUACCGUUUCCUUUUGUUGUUAGGAGGAGGUUUUCAAAGGUUGUCAGGGGCCUAGUUGUUGCUGAUUUUACUGUUGGGUUGUUUAAGAGGCCAUGUAGUUGGUGUUGUGUUAACCAGGGCAUUUGGGUGUCUUCUAGUUUGUCUUGUAUUUCUUGUGUUGACAAGGGUUUGUUAUUUUUAUAAAAGUCUAUUAGGCGAUAUAAGCCUUUGGUUUGCCAGGUUUUUAUCUGGAGGUUUUGUGCUGCAUGGUGGAAUAAUGGGUGGUACGCCAGGGGGAUUAGUGGGGAUGGGGUUGGGGAUAGUUUGCCUAUUUGUGUUUUCCAUGCUUUGAGCAUGGUCUGUGUGUACCUGUUAAGUGUUGUGGGAAUUUUCUUUAGUUUGUUUGGGAGGAAUGGGUAUGUUGUGGUGCAGGUAUUUUCAAUUGUGUCCCUCUCUAGGUGUACCCAUUGUUUUGUCUCAUCUUCUAGUAUAUAUGGGAUUAUAUGGCGUAUUUGGUUGGCAUUGUAAUAUGCUUCUAUGUUGGGGAUUCCCCAUCCUCCUUCUGAGGUGGGGAGGUGCAGGUAUUUGAGGCUUAUUCUUGGUUUUUAUGUGAGAAGAUGAAAGAGUGUAGUUUUCUCUGCCAACUGCGAAGUUGGGUUGAGGGGAUCCAGAUUGGGAGGGUUUGGAAUAGGUAGGUUAGUUUUGGGAGUGUGAUCAUUUUGAUCAUGGCUAUUUUGUCUGAGAGAGUGAAAUUCAUGUUAUUCCAUCUCUUUAGGUCUUUGUUAAUUUGUCGCCACAGGGGCUUGUAGUUGUGGAGGUACAAUUUAUUGAGGUUUCUGGUUAUUUGUACCCCUAGGUAUCUGAAUUUGGUGUGGCAAAGUUUUAUUUUGGUGACCUUCGUGAGUUCUUUUUGGGUGUGAGGAGGGGUGUUGAAGCACAUAGCUUCUGACUUUGUAAAAUUUACCUGUAGGCCCGACACCAUUGCAAAUGUGUUGAGUUCUCUGAUUAGGGAGGUUGCUGUGCUUAUGGGGUCUGGUGUUGUGACCAUUAGGUCAUCUGCAAAGAGCCCUAAUUUAUAGGUUCUGCCUUUUAUUUCCACUCCCUUGAUGUCUGUGGCUGCUCGGAUGCUGAUUGCUAAGGGUUCCAGAGCCAGGAUAAAUAAGAGGGAGACAGUGGGCAUCCUUGUUUCGGUGCCUCUUUGGAUAGCUAUAGUAUUAGAAUCCAUAUUGUUAGUUCUGCAUUUUGCUGAGGCUUGGGAGUAUAUUUGUUUGAGAAUUUGUAGGAAGUUGGGGCCAAAUUUCAUGUUAGUUAGUACUGCUAAUAUGUAUUUCCACUCUAAGCAAUCAAAGGCUUUGAGGAUGUCUAGGGACAUAAUUGUCAAUGGGAGUUUGGUUGCCUUGCUGUGUUCGAUCAGGUUCAGUAGUUUCCUGAUGGGGUCUGUUAUAUUGCGGCCAGGGACAAAGCCAGUCUGGUCUGGGGCUACUAACUUGUGUAGGAAGAUUUUUAGGCGGUUGGCCAAGAUUGAUGUGAAUAUCUUGUAGUCUUGGUUUAUUAAUGAGAUUGGGCGGUAUGAUUCUACUUUGAGGCUGUCUUUUAGUGGUUUUGGGAUGGAGACUAUUUUGGAGUGGGUCCAGGUUUUGGGGAUGGGGCCCCCUUUUAUGAUGUCGUUGAAUAGGCGGGUCAUGUAGGGCAUCAAGGGUUCUUUGAAUUUCCUAUAGAAUUCUGCUGUGAAGCCGUCUGGGCCUGGGGCUUUGUGUGGUUUCAGGUUUUUGAGGACCGCAUCUAUUUCCUCUGGGGUGAUAGGGCUGUCCAUGAAUUCCUGUUCCUCAUCAGUUAGGGUAGGCAUGGACAGUCCUGCUAGAAAUUUUUGAUUUCCUUCUCUGGUGGGUUAUGGGAGGUGUAUAGGUUGGAGUAGAAUUCUGCAAAUUCUGAGUUUAUUUCUUCGGGGAGAAUGUUAUGUUGCCGUCUUUUUGGUGAUGCAGUGUAUUCUUGUUUUGAGUGCUUUUUUCCUGCAUCUAUUUGCUAGUGAUCUGGAGUUUUCCCUCCAUAUUCGUAGAAACGUUGUUUAGAGUAUAGAAUGUUGAUCAUUGUUUUGUUAAUUUCUAGGAGUCUAGUUCUCUCCUUUUUUGUUCCAUAAGUUUGAGGAGUUUUUAGAUCCUGUUUGUUUGUAGCGUGAUGAGAGGGCUGUGAUGUCUUGUUCUAUUUUGCUAAUUUUUGAGGAGGUUUGUUUUUUAAGGAAUGUUUUCUCUUUUAUGCAAGCUCCUCUGGUGACCGCUUUCAUUGCGUCCCAUAGGAGGGUUGUUAUAUUGUUUACAUCGUUUUCCUUGAAGUAGUUUUGGAGGGUUUUUGUGAGACUCUCUCUAAUUUGUUUGUUUGUAGUUAGGAUGGGACUGAAGGACCAUGAUGGGGUGGUUUGUGUUCCUUCUCCUAUUUUAACGAUGACUUCUACUGGGCGUGAUCUGUGAUUUUAAUGUUACCUAUGUUUGUUGAUUCCACUGAGGGAUCAGACCCUGUGUGAGUAGAAUGCUGUCCAGUCUGGAUACUGUAUCAUGGCGUCCCGAUUGGAAUGUAUGGCUGAUGUCUCCGGGUUUUGCUCACCCCAAAUGUCGUAGAGACCCCUGCUUUUUAGCAUUUUUAGUAACUUGUAAGGGUUCCUAGUUGUUGGGGGUUUCCUUCGGAGGAAGGUUGCCCAUGGGGUUGUAGGGUGGAUAUCUUUCAGGGCUAUGCCUUUCAUAUUUAGAUUGAGGUCCCCUCCUAGGAUUGCUUCCCUUCAGAGAAGGAGAGGAAUUUGUUUAGUGUCUUCUGGAAGAAUUCUAAUUGUUUCGUGUUUGGGGCAUAUAUGGAGCCAAUUGUCAGUUUGAUUUUGCCAUCUACUGUCCCUUUAGCGAAAAUGAAUCUGCCUUUUUGUCCUUGAGGACUGUUGUGGCAGUGAAGUUCAGGUCUCUACUGAGUAUUAUGGCUACACCACGAGCUUUCCCUGAGCCUCGUGCGACCCACGGUUGACUGAAGCGGGGGUCGCUCAGGAGUGUGCUGCCUUUGGGUGGGUUGUGUAUUUCUUGUAGGAAGGUGAUGUGUGGUUUCAUGGUGUUUAUGUAUGAGGUGAUGCGUUUUCUUUUGAUGGGGUUUCCCAGCCCCCUCACGUUUAAUGUAAUUGCUUUUAGGUUAGCCAUCUUGCUUAUCUAUUAUGUGGGGCGAUUCCCUGCCAACCCGUUUGGGUUGUCUUGUAUCUCUCUCUUCGUGUUGUUUAAAGUACCAGUGGGGUUGCGCUGACCUAGGGUGUGGCGGGUGGGGAGCUAAUGGGAUUAGAGUAAGAUUUGGGUUAAAGAGUAGGGGUAAGUUGUAGAGAGUUUGCUAUAUGUAGUCAGAUAGUUGUUUGUUUUGGGUAUUUUAGGCCAUCUGGCAUUUAGCCGGUUGGUCCUAGGUCUCAGCUGGUGUGGAAGGCCGUGUUCAAGGACAGGCCAUCCCCCCUGUUGUUUGCGAUAGGGGGUGAUCAGUGAGACAGUGUGAAGUGACUUUGUAACGUCGCUGUCAGGUAUAAGGUUCGUAAGCAAUGUUGCCAAUGUUAUGAGCAACAUUGUUGGUGUGUUGGGGUGGGGAUGUGGGUGCUGGUACGCUCUGGUGCCACCAUAGUGCUGGUUGGGUAUCAGAUUUUAGCCUGACUGUGGGUUGUGUUAUUAAGGUUGGAGUUGUUUUUCUUAGUAUGGGGUUUGGGGAUGUUGAAGGUGUGGGUGAUGUGGAAUGUGGUUGCGGUCGUCUGGACUGGUGUUGGGGCGGGGAUUUCUGUGGGGGUGCGGGGCUGGGGAAGGAUGUUGAUGGUGUUAACGAAAUCUAUGUUUUUGGGGGAGAGAGGGGAAAAGGGGGGAAUCACCAGUCCUUCAGUUUGUGGUUUUUCCUGGUUGCUUCAUUCAGCUGGGGUUGUUGUUGUUGUAGGGUUGUCCAUCUGCGAUGAGUUGGUUUGGUUAAUCUUGGUCUGGUUUCUUGUGUCAUAUGGCCGGCGGGACGAUUCUGAGCGUGAUGCUUCUCUGUAUUGGUUUGCACUGUUGUGCCGCUUCUGUUUCUUUUUCUUCUGUACCGUCGUCCAGUUGUUUGCUGUUGUUUCCUCAUGGUUGGGGCUGUCACUUGGUGGGUUUGUCGGUUGCCAUUCCGGUGGGAGGUCGAGUUCAAGGUUCUUUAGUAGUUGCAGGGCCUCAGGUAUGUUGGUAGCCAUGUGUUGUGUUGUAUUGGUUGUUACAAUGAGGCGGAGGGGAAGCCCCAUCGGUAUUUGAUCCCUGCUUGUUGGAGACGCUGGGUGCAUGGGCGCAAGCUUUUCCUUCGGUUUAGGGUAUCCUGAGAUAAGUCCUGUAAGGCCAGUAUGGGGAUUUCUCCAUAUCGAAGGUUGGUUGAGUUUCUGAGGUGGUACCAUACCUCUUCCUUCUUUUUGUAGCGUGUGAAGCAUACAAUGAUGUCUCUUGGGGGGGCGCUGGGUUUUGGCAUAGGUUUUAGGGCUCUGUGAGCCCUCUCCAAGUCAUCUGCCUCAAGUUUCAGGCUUGGGAUUGUGUUUUUCAGCCAGCGUAUAAUUAGGUCUGCUGGGCUUUUCUCCUCUGUUUUUCAGGAAAGUUGCGGAAGCGGAUGUUACAACGUCUAUUGCGGUCUUCAAGGUCGGCUUGCUUAAUUUUCAUCUCUCUGUGUUCUGCUUCAAUUUGGUUUACCAGUUCGUCCAGUUUCUUGUUCACACGUGCGUUCUCCUCCCGGUAUUGCUCUAUUAUUCUUUCUUGCAUUUGGUUCUUGUUCUCUAGAGCUUCCACUUUGGAGGUUAGGUUGUUGAUUAGUACCUGCAUGGGAGCCAUUGUGGCCUUCAGUGUUUCUUCUAAUCGUGCUUCUAAUCUUGCUUCCAUUUCCCUCAAAUCUCGUUUCGUUAUUGGGUGGUCAUCAUCUUGAAGGGAGUUACCGUCUUAGCAUUGUUUGUCAUCUCCCUGGUUGGUGUCAUCUCAGUCUCCCUGAUGGUUUUGGUUUGAGGUUGGCUUGGCGUCCUCUUGGAGUAGGGCGUGUGGUGGUUAGGAGUUGUGGCAGUGGUGAUUCCUGGGUAUUGUUGGGUUGCUGAGCUGAUCAGGCGUUCUUUCUUGGUGGCUUAAACAGAGCGUUUGAAUUAGGUGGUCAUUUGUGUCACUUCUAGCCUGUGUUUUGAGAACUUCUCUAGGGUUUCUGUAGUUGCCUCAGCGGUGCCGCCAAAGCGGGGGGGGGCAGGUAAGCAGAGAUGGGUAGACUAACGGGCAGACAGUUCAUAUAAAGGGGGGGUUAGCAGGUAGAGAUGCAAAAGAUUAGAGGGGUGGGGCCAGGGGAAAUAUGUGUUUAGGAGGGGGUUGUAUAUACCCAAAGGGGUACUGGGGUCCAGCUAAGGUGGGAGUUGGGGUUGGGAGUGCGCUCAGAAACAGAGACAGACAAAUAGGCUCUAUGUAAAGGGUGGAGGGAGAAAAAGGGAAGAAGAAGAAAGAAAGAAGAAGGGGGGGAGGUGGGGGGAGAGGGGAGAUUGGAGUAAAAGAGAAGAGAGAGAGAGACAAAAAGAGAGUUGAAAUAGAGAGGAGAGAUAGUACAGUAAUAUCAGCGGUCUUAGAUUGCAGCAGUAGUUUUAGCUAUAGUAUGAGGGGGCCCAAAGUAUGAUAUGGUGAUAUGGAUGUGUGUGUGUGUUUCCUUUAGGGGAAGGGGGGAUGGAGAGAGGGAGGAGGGAGAGAAAAGGAGAGGAGGAGGGGGAAGGGUGGGGAAAGGAAGGAGAAGAAAAGAGGGGUGAGGGAGGGAGGGUGAGCUGUGGCAAUGGUAAGGGGAGAAAGGGCUCCCCCCUCAGAAACAAACUGACAAACAGGCUAAAAGGGGGGGGUUGAUUUUAAAAAAUAAAGGGGAUAGAAAACAAUGUUGGGGAUGGAAGGGUGGGAUAAUAGGAAAAAAUAAGGAAGGGUGGAGAGAGAGGAGAGCAAAAAGGGGGGGAAGGGGUUAAAAAGAAAAGGAUUAACAAAACAAACAAACAAAAAAACAAACAAAAAAAAAAAGAAGGAAAAAAGAAGGGGGUAGUUUCUUCCUUUCUGCGAUCUCCUUUGUUAUGCGGCUUUCCUGUUUUCCUUGCCGCUGGAGCUCCGGUCGGCUCAGCCACGUGUUUUUUCGGAGCCUCUUUUGCCUUCCCUACCUCUCCUCUUCUUUCCCGUCGGCAGAGAUGGGGGCAGCAGCGGUAAAGUUGGGGCUCCUUUUGCUUUUUCUUCUUUUUCUUCCUCUCUCCCCCUUUCUUUCUCCCUCUUUGCGUUAGCUCCACUGUCCUCCUGGUUUUGGAGCUCCUCUCGGCUGUUGGGGGGGUGGUCGGGUGCCUUUCCGGCUCAAUCAAGGUCGUGGGGGGGUGUUUUGGCUCCUUUGAUAGAGGCCCCGGGCACCCCCCAAUUCCUCUCCGCUGGCAGUGCUGGCGGCAGCAGUCCUGGGAGCCCGGGAGUCGGCCAGACAGAGCCUUUUACUCUGGCUGGCUUCAGGAGCUCUUUUCUGCUGUUGCAGCCGCCAUGCUGCCUUGCCGGAACUCCCCCCCUGGAUACAGAAUUGACCUGUGCCUCCAUGGACAGCUGUGAGUCCAAAAUGACUCCCAGGCUGUGCACCUGGUCCUUCAGGGGCACAGUUACCCCAUUCAAGACCGGGGAGUCCUCCACACCAGCCCGCCCCCUGUCCCCCUAAAAGAGUACUUCUGUCUUGUCAGGAUUCAACCUGAAUCUGUUAGCCACCAUCCAUCCUCCAACCACCUCCAGGCACUCACACAGGACCUUCACCGCCUUCACUGGUUCUGAUUUGAAAGAAAGGUAGAGCUGGGUAUCAUCUGCAUAUUGAUGAACACCCAGUCCAAACUCCCUGAUGAUCUCUCCCAGCGGCUGCAUGUAGAUGUUAAAAAGCAUGGGGGAGAGGACAGAACCCUGAGGCACCCCACAAGUGAGAGCCCAGGAGUCUGAACACUCAUUCCUUAAGACCACUUUCUGAACGCAGCCCAGGAGAAAGGAGCGGAACCACUGUAUAACAGUGCCCCCAGCUCCCAGCCCCUCUAGACGGUCCAGAAGGAUGUUAUGGUCAAUGGUAUCAAACGCCGCUGAGAGAUCCAGCAGAACUAGGAAACAGCUUUCACCUUUGUCCCUAGCCCGCCUCCGGAGAUCAUCGACCAGCGCGACCAAGGCAGUUUCAGUCCCGUGAUGAGACCUGAAUCCCGAUUGGAAGGGAUCCAAAUGGUCCGCUUCUUCCAGGCGUGCCUGGAGUUGUUCAGCAACCACUUGCUCAAUCACUUUGCCCAAGAAUGGAAGAUUUGAGAGUGGGUGAUAGUUGGCCAUAUUGGCCGGGUCUAGAGUUGUUUUUUUAAGAAGCGGUUUAAUGACCGCCUCUUUCAGCGGGUCUGGGAAGGCUCCCUCACAGAGGGAAGCAUUCACCACCCCACAGAACCCAUCGCCCAACCCUUCCCGGCUUGCUUUUAUUAGCCAGGAUGGGCAAGGAUCAAGGAGACAGGUGGUUGGUUUCACUCCUCCAAGUAACCUGUCUACAUCCUCGGGGGUAAUGGAUUGAAAUUGAUUCCAUGCAACUCGACCAGACAGGACUCUAGCACUUUCCCACCCUGGCCCUGCUCCCACAGUGGAGUCUACCUCCUUCCGAAUAUGAGUGACUUUAUCUGCAAACAACUUUGCAAAAUCAUUGCAGGAGAUUAGGUGGCAUUUCCUACUACUAAUUGGGAAAGGUUAUUUAAAUUUAAUCAGUUAAUCAUUUAACUUAUGUAAGCAGUUAAUAAAAAAAAUCAUUUGAUCACCGUAUUAUUUUUUCCUCUUAACGCUGAAGGUUGGUGAAGAAUGUAUAGUUUGAGCCUAAGCUGCAAUAAGAUUUAACACACUUUCAAAAUUGAACUGAAUUUUUAAUAUAUUAAGUGUCAUUGUUGAGGGGCAACCUGCCCCGUCCCUAAUUGAAGAAUGUGUUUAAAAAAUGUGGAUCUAGAGAUCUAAUUAUUUAUUUAUUAAAUUUAUAUCCCACCUCCCCAAAGGAGCCCAGUAGGGAAAACCCACAAUUUUUAGAAGAGUUCCCACACAAAUGGAUUUUAGCUGCAGUUCAGAUGCUUUCUCCCCUUAUUUUUGCAGACUAGCAGCUCCUGUAAAAGGCUCUCACGUGCUCUUGUGUUUCUUCCUUUCCAUCUCCUCCUCUUGCAGCAACGUCAAUAUUUGCACUAAAGGAGAUUCAGUUACAGAAAGAGACGGGCCUGAGAUCGGCUUCCCUGCCUGAAUCAGGUGAGAGGCUACGGCCUAAGCAAUGAGAGCCCCGCCCACUGGGAAUCAAGCCCCACCCACUUUUACUCCAGCACUUUCCCCAAACGUUCCUCCCCAUCCUUUCCUACUCAGAAGUCACCCAAGCCAGAGUCAGUCCUUGGAUGAGGCCAAGGCGAGGCAGCUGCAGUUGCCAGAGCAGGAAGCAGAGAGACCCCACCACAGACUUGUGCAGGAGAACUUCCCCGCAGAUUAUGCCCCUGGGUGUUAAUGCAUGAGAGGGGAAUGGGUGCUGCUUAGAUUCUCUGCCUUGGCUCCGGAUGGAAGCUCUCUCCAUCCUCCCUCUUGUGAACAGGUAGUCCUGCCACUCAGCAUUGUAAGGGGCAAGCUGGUCCUUGACAGCCUCUUCCUUGCCUCUUGUCCCUCUCCUCCCCCCAAGGCCAUCUCCUGGUGGGGGAGAGCUCUGGUCCCACCUUCCAGGUUAGAGAUGCAGCUGUACAGUCCCUGUAGCAAUUGUCUACAACUGUGCGGUGAACGGUCUCUCCUCUCCCACAGGCAGCGCCGCGUUCCGGGUAGUGGACACUGAAUUUUAGCCACCAGGUCAGGUAUAUGUGCCGCCUCUCUUCCAUCAGUACCCCCUCCUGUUCUCAGCAUGACAAGGUGGCUCCCCCCUCUCUCAUCAGCAUAUGGUUGUGGUCCUUUCUGCAUCCCUGAUCCCACCAACCCCGAUACACACCAGCUCGUGGGCGCUGUAUCACUUGGGAUCAGAAGCAGGGAGAAGAGAGGUCAGGCGCUGGAGGUGCGGGGAGGGAGCCAGGGUGCAAAGAGCACACGGAGCAGAGCGCGGAGGCCUAGAGGCUGAGCUGUGAGCCAGGACGGCCCUCCACCACGAACUCAGUACCAAGAGGGCCUCAGGCAUGCCGCCCUGAGUCUCAAUCUCUCAUCUGCAUUGUGGGAAUAUGGUGCUCAUCUACCUUGUAGAGUGAUUGCAAGGAUGACCGAGAUAACCUAUGGAAAACAUGCAUUUACAGAGAGCUGCUCCCUACGUAGUUGUAAGAAUCACUGGGAAACACUUCAGGGAGGUCAAAGCCUUCUAGAAAGCUUGGAGCUGGAAUAGAUCCAGAAAUAUCAUCUAGUCCAGCCCCCCUGCCAAUGCAGGAAAUCUGCCCAACCUUUUCUUAGAUGCAUAGAUGCUUAGAUUUCUUAGAUGCCCAUAACCCUUUGCUGUUUUCCUGCAGUGAAUGGGCAGAACGGACGACCAAGCCUGCUGCUUUGAAACCUGUGGAUUGGGGUUGGUGGGGGCAGGAGCUAAGACAGCUCCCCCACCCGCGGACACUCCCACUGCCGGCUUCUCCAUAUCAGACGGUGGAGCAAGGACUUGUGCUGGGAUUUCGUAGGGGUGAGGGCUGGGGGCAACGAUGCCAAGUAGAAGUGCAGCCUGCCCCAGCACCCGACAGCCAGGCACGGAUGCCCUCUGCUGCUGUGGAAUGGACUGCCCCCCCCCCACGUGGUGUUUCAUUUUAUUUUUUAAGUUUUAUUUUUUCAAUGCAAUACUAUAAAUAUUAUAUUUGCAAAUAUCUAUAGAGAGACACCCCUGCCCUCGCUUCUCCAUUUCUGGGGAGUGUACAGUAUUAACUACAAGGGAGCCCACCCCCCUCCCCACUUGGUUGGACCAGGGGAGAGAAGCAUGGAGGAGGAGGGAGGAGAAGCAUGGGGCCCACUGUGUCUGGGUCCUAAUCCGCUGCAUAUCUUGGAGCUGUGAACAACGUCUGUGAUUUGGAAGAAGGGAAGCUCUUUUUUUCCAUGUGAAUUUUCUCUCCCCCCCACCCCCAAGUCUCAAUCACCUUUCUGUGGACUUGGGGCAAGAUCUUUUCCCGUUGCGGAUACUUGUUUAGGAGUCCAAGUGUUGAACAGGCAAGCAGGUAUCCUCAAGGAACAGAACACAAUCCCAUCUUUUCCUAGCCAACUCGAUCCCUAUCAAGAUUAUUCAUCUGUCUGGCUUUUCUGCUACAGCAAGCCCCCCCCCCCCCCCGCUUCCAAUUAGAUCUGCCACUUACUUGCUCCUCCCGAUUUUCUCCUCACACCAAAGCCAAGUCCCAUGUUUUCUUCUCUUGCUUGUGUCUUCCUUUGGUCUUGAUUUGUGCCUCACUCGGGCUCUCCCCACACCCUCAGCCAACGCUGUCGGUCUCGGCUGAGUUACUCCUGUCGACCGGUCACGCCUCUUGCAUUACUUGCUUAUACUCAGGGUUUGAUCUUCUUCCUUUGCCUUUGCUGGCCCUGUCCACCAGGAACUGAAACACAGGUGCCAUUUAUUUCAACCAGGCAUGUGUAGGAGAAGUCCCUGGUGGGUUGGGCCUCAUCCAUCCCCCACCCUCCGUUUCAUACUUACUUGUCCUGCAGUGCAUAGAUGAUCACUCUUCGUUGCUUGUUCCAUGUUUCCUGAACCCAAACAGCUCUGUUUUUAAUGGUACCACCCAAACUCUUUACUGAUAUAAUGACACUGAGGUGCCCUCCAGAUGUUACUGAACCCCAGCUCCCAUCAGCCCUGGCUAGAAUGGCCAGUGGUCAGGGACAAUGGGAGUUGUAGUCCGGCAGCAUCUGCAGAUCACCAUGUUGGACACUCCUUAGAUGGUCUUCGUGAAGAGAACCCUUGUCUUGGCCCCUAUUCCACUGUAUUUUCUUUCACAGAAGUCUGUGUCAGUCUCUGCAAGCUUAACACCUUCCCCCUUCUGUGUCACCUUUACUUAGUUGCUUCUUAGACUGUAAUCCAGUGACCAGGUCCUACUCUGUCCCACAUGAAAAGUAAACCAGUAGCUCUUCUGAGGCUCACCAACUUCCACUCCUUCACUCACAGGCAAGCCACUCAAGGGUUAAUGGGCCCUUGGCUCAGCUCUUUAUGCAGUGAUCUCAGAAGUCACUCAGUUCCUGCCCAAGGGCUAAGCCCAGCUUGUAUCAUCAGACACUGCUUGGCCUCAUGCUAAGUCUUGACUCCAAAGACUUACUCAUCUCAGCUUCUCCUCUUGUUUUUUGCAACACAGAAGCAAGUGGUGCAGAACUGGUGGCCCUCUGGAAGCUGCUGGACUCCAGCUCUCAUCAGUCCCAGCCAGUGUGGCAAAUGAUGAUGGAUGAUGGGAGUUGUAGUCCAGGAAGAUCUAGAGGGCCACAGGUUCUCCAUCCCUGAAGCAAGCUAUCAGUUCCUGAAAGGCCAGUCAACCCCAUAUCUCUCCUUACACUAAAUCUUCCUUUAAGCAAAGGAAACAUUGGAGAUUCCUGCCUGCCUGAGGGAUCUCCAAAGAUUUCGGCUCACUAUGCUUCCUACUCUGCUGCCGAGAGGUGCCUCAAGGGAAGAGGGAAAUGUCAACCACACUUGUCCCCAGCUUACAAACCCCAACUGUAUUGCAGCUUCCCAGGUGGCUAGGACUGUUCUUUCCAGCUCAGGACAGAGGCCUGGGUGUGAAGAACUAAAGGGAGCAGAUCCAAGGCUGCCCAUUUGCUCUCUGCAUGUUUCUGGACAAAGUGGCACCCGGCCUUCUCCCUUUGAUCACAGCAUAGAGAGAGUGAGUGAGUGUGUUUGUGUGUGUUUAUAUGUACAUAUGUAACCAUUUUUAUAUACAGCAUGAAGCACUUGUAAGUUUCACAAAUCUCCACCCUCCCACAAUGAGAGCCAUAAUAUUAUUAUUAUUAUUCUGAUGAUGAUGAUUACAACUAUUAUAACCCUCAGGCAACAUAAAAGAUAUUGGGAAGGAGUCUCUUCCAUAGAGGAUAUGCCUUGGGCUGGAAUUCAAGGACUCCACAGCACAGGGGAAAUUCUGCUUGGCACCUGCCUGGGAGGGCAGACAGAUCUGAGAGCCCCCAGCAUGCAAGGCAUGGUCACCUGAUGCCAAAGGACAGCUGCUGUGAAUAGGCCAAGGCCAAGGGUGUCUUUACAAAGGGGACCCAAUAAGCAGGAAAUGCCAGCCCUUCGGAUCAGAGAACAGCAACGAAGGGUCUUUGUUUAGCCCAAUAAUCUGCCUGCAUGACCCCCCCCCCCCCCGUUCCUUGCUUGUUCCAGUUUAGACUCCCAUUUCCAUUUAGUCUCUUCCAUCGGGUGCACCAUAAUUGUGCUAGGUGGGCCUGUUUCUGAAGCCCGUCCAAUCACAGUUGCCCUCUUCUUACCUGUUUCUUCCUUAAGAGCUGUGGUGAUGCAAAAAGCUCUUUCGACCUCUGAAUUCUCCAUCCAUCUCUGGGGUAUCCAUCCCAUUUCCCAUGGGAACUUCCAUUCAAGGUGCAUGUGUUCUGUUGCACCUUUACUAUUACACAGUGAAGGCAGAAUGCUUUCCUGUGGUUUAGCCCUGGCCGUGGUUUGCUGCCUUAAUGCUGAUUAAGGUUCCAGGUAUCCAAUGAAACCUCUGUUGAAUUUGCCAAGCUAAAUCCUUCUCCCACAGGGUGCAUCUCAGUAAUAUGGAAAGAAAGGGGCAGGGAAACUGCCUUGAGUGUUCACUCAAUUCAGAUGUAAUGGUUAGCUACUAAUAGCAUAAACUGUUUUAUGAGCCCCACUACAAACCAUGGUUUCAGAUCUUGGUUUGCAGCCUAUCCCUAGCCAUGGUUUAGGUACUGAGACUUAAACACUUAAUUGUGGUUGAGGACAAUGGACCAUGGUUAAUUAAGUGUUGGGUCUGCAUUGGGCCUGUGGGAGCUCCUUUUUCAGUGCAGCCUGGGUAGAAUAGUGGGGAGACGCUGGCCAAAAUACAUGGUGCCACUUUUUUGAGGGGGGUCCAAAAUCCAAUCUGAUUUGGUUCAUGGAACUGCUUUCCGUUUUGUCUGCUGUUGGCAGAUAAGGAGUGGGAUUCUAGAGUUCAGGGAACUGUAGCAAAAGGGGGACAUAGCUGUGGUGCACCCAUCCACUGGUCCCCCCCCCCAAAUAAGUGCCAGGGUUCUGAUUGGGCUAAAAUGCAAAGCCCCUCCCCCACCCCUGAUUGAGAAUUCUCAGAGGUGAACAGGGGGGACAAAUGCCACAAGAAUUCAACCAGCAUGGAUUUCCUCUUGGGGCACAUCUGGGUAAGAACAUCUGGAUUGGAUCUCUGCGUGUGAGAGGGAAACCCAAAACGAUGUAUUGGACAAUGAAUGUACAGAGGAUCUGGACUUUGCUUUUUUGUGUGUAGCGGGGGUAGGGGAGUUCCCCAGAAUUUGUUUCUGGGCUGGAGGUGAUAAACCAACCCUUCCUUGGAGCAAACUGAAACCCUGGAGCAGAUAAUCAUUCACAUUUGGAGCGGACUUAUCUUCAUGUGCUUCCCUGCCCCCUUUGACAGAGUAGAUACGGAGAUCAGUUGUCCUGGUACGGAAAAGGGAAUUCUUGUUCUUGUACAUAACUUGAAUUGAGGGAGCAGCCUUCUAUUUAUCAAAUAAGAAAUUUAUCAUUGCAGAAGAAAACUCCCUGCGGAAGGACAUGGGCAGACUUCUCUUUCCCAGGUGCUCCCUCUGCCCCUGUUCAGGGUGAACAAAUGCGCCAUAUUCAAAUGUACGGAACUGAAUAAAAAGUCUCCAACAAUUCU